UGUAGCAAAAGAGAAAGUAAGUAUGUUGCUGGUGGAGAUCAAUGAAGCCGAGUGAAUGGGGGCUUAAUGCGUAAAUCGAUAGCCACAGACGAGCGCCGGGUGCUGGAGGGAAAUAUUUCUUUAUGAAGUAAGUGGGAGACUUCGGUUCCUUACGGAGAGGAGCGGUUGUGGUGCGUAGGUCGACCGCGUAGCGUCUCCUAGAAUAAAUCUGCCCUGUCUUGGGGAAGAGAGAGAGAUGCCUGUUUGGAAACAAACUGGGAAAUGCGAAAAAAUGUUGGGGAGCAAUGGGAACUAGCACUGUUAUCCGUCCCCGCGCCGGUCUGCGCUUGGAGCCCGCCGACUUGCGUGCGUUUCGCCGACUGGAUUGUCAGAAACGGAGGCUUUUCUCGUCCGGGAUUGCUGCAGUAUCUAGGGGGGUAGGGGGGGGUCGGAGUGCAGAAGAGGCUCUCCGGAGCAGCAUCUCUUGUAGCGCUUCUCUUCCUCCCCCCCUCCUUUUUACGCCUGUUCUGUAAAACGCCUCCCCCCUCCGUGAGGUCCUGAACCAGCUCCGGAUCGGUGAGCGUGAAAAGGUGCCUCAAUUUGGCUGGGCUCUUUUAACUCCCAAGUCUGACUUCAUGGCUUGGCUGGAAAUAUAUUACCUUUGCUGCAGAGAUGCAGAGCUCCCCAAAUAUCUUUGCCAUCCUAAGGCAAACAGGGUUCCCUUAGCCGGUCUCCAAAUACUUUAUUAGUUUCUUUUUUUAAAAAAAAAUCCAAACAUUAAAAAACCAAACUCAAACAUAACGUUACUGGUCUCGCACGUGAUUUGGUUACUAAACUAACCCCUUGUUUUCUCUUUUUGUAAAAAAGAAAAAGGGUACUAUUUCCCUUCUCCCGAUCCUUGCUUCUCUUAUUUCUCAGGAAUGCAUGGUGUUGUGUUGUUUUUCUCUGUACAUUUAUUUGUUGCUCUUCACAAAUAGAAGGUGGGGAAAGGAAACUUGUUUUCUAUAUAUUACAUUUCCUCUCCCUUUAUUUAAUUCAUGUUUUCUGCUUCCCCAUAGUUGAUAAAUGGUAUUUCCUCUGGUCACAAUUUAAGACCAUUCUGCAAAUACUUCUCUCUCUCUCCAUUCAUCCUCAGGAGGAGAUAGAUGGGGUUUUUAUGUUUUCUGGUUUCUUAUCCUAGGAUAGUGACCCAUCCUAAUGGAAAGUGUGUGUAUUGGGGUUUUGAGGGGGUAGGACAUAGUUAGAUUAUAGAAACAGAUAGCAGAAUGUAGGGAAGGGAAUUCACAUUUUUAAAAAGUAUUCUUGAAUUGAGUUAAAUUGUGUUCUUCUUUGACUGGAGGCACCACACGUUUCCACAUGACUGUCCUUAAUUUUGUGUCAUCCUGUACUUCGUCCAGUUUAAGCAAGCUUAGUAAAAAAAUUUAAAAUCCCUUUUUGAGUCAAAUGGGAGUUCUUGAUAAGUAUGCUUAUGCUUUCAGCCUUAAAAGAUGCUGAGAGGGUGAUGUAAUAACUUUUUUUUAAAAGUGAGUGUCAUUUGACUGACCUCAAUUGGACUCUGCCAAAUGUCAACGUAAUUGGUCAUUAAAUGAAUGUUAUAAAACCAAUAUAUAUUAUGAACUUGCUUGCGGGUGGGAGUUGCAGGGAACUCUGAAUUUAGGACAGUGGAUCAUCUCAGUCUGUCCCUCCUUGUGUUAUGGUAGUGAUAACUAAGGUAUAAGAGCAGGAAGGUUGGGACCUGAAUUCUUUGAUAUUCCAGGCCUGUCAUUUUAUGAGGAGUGUGCUAGUAUCUGAAUAAAUGGCAGUUCCAGAAUAGCAGUUCUGCUCAUAAGGGAUGCAUGGCAGCCUCUGUUUCUUAUCUCUCAUUUCUUUUCAGUAUGUGUUCAGAUUACUGGCGAACUUCUCUCUCCCCCCCUUUUGGUGGAUUUUUACAGGAAGCCAACAGUAUUGAAAACUGUGUGCUAGGAGGGAGUUAGAACAUCACCUCAGGCCAGAUUUGGCUGCCCUGCAUUAUUGACAAUUGUUAACAUCACACUGGUCGCUUCUGUCUAUUUCUAAUUUGCAGAAGGGAGGAUAGAGUAAGGGCAGGUCCUUUUCCACAAUGAGCUUCCUUCCCUUGGAGCAAGAAAGCCUUGGGUACAUGAUGGUAGCUGCUCUGCAAAUACCUUUUGGUGUUUGGCCUAUGUAAUGUGGACUAUUUAGGUUAGUCUUCAUCGGGCCUGAAUAUUCUCAAAACAUAGAUAAAGCAUCAACAUUCUGCACCAAGUUAACCUAAUUUCUGUAGCAGAAGAAGAAAAUGAUUCAAUGUGCAUAUCAAUUAAAAUUUGCAUAAAUUAUGCCAAUUAAGAUUUGCACAAUCUCCCGUUUUUUCCAUUAUUUAUUAUAUCAUCUUUUACCACUUUUCCAAAUCCCUCCAUCCUUACAGGGCGCAGAAGCCCUCUACUCCCUGGGAGGCUUAUUUAGCAGCUUCUCUGCUUUCUGAUACUGACCCCUUACAGCCCUUAAUAUAUUUUUUAGCAAUAAGGACUAUAAAAUAGCCUUCUAAUGUAAGUGCAGGCUGAGAUGCUGAAGCUGAAUUCUGUUAGUGACCAGCAAGCAUUUAUUGUGCACCCCCACAACUGCAGCAGACUCGCAAUCCUGGGUUGGAGGCAGCCAAUGUGUGGCAGUUUCUGCCAUGGCAUAAAGGUUGGGAUAGAUAAUUUCCCAGCUUCUUACAGUUUUAUGGUUCCAUGUUUGGUGAAUGUGUGCCUUUUAGAAUGGCUCUCCCCUUGUUCUAUGAAAAACAAAGCAUUUGAUCAACAAUAUUUAGAGCAUUGCUAUCCGGGAAUAAUGAUGGAACUCUUGUGUGUUGCGAGAUACUUUCUUAUUGUUAUUUUAUUUCCCUCCCCCUUUUAACAGAGAGCUUGAGUUCCUUUUGACUUGCCAUUCUCAGCUUCCUCAUGCCUCCAUCUCCACUAGACGACAGGGUAGUAGUGGCACUCUCCAGGCCCGUCCGACCUCAGGAUCUCAACCUUUGCUUAGAUUCCAGCUAUCUGGAUUCUGCCUCUUCUGCCAGCGAGAGCCACGUGAGUCUCCUCAGCACAGCUGUUGUGUCCCUCAAGGCUGCGAAUCUGACGUAUAUGCCCUCAUCCAACGGCUCUGCUCGCUCCUUGAGUUGUGGAUGCAGCAGUGCCAGUUGCUGCACUGUGGCAACGUACGACAAAGACAAUCAGGCCCAGACUCAAGCCAGCACCAGCAGCACUUCUGCCAACGUAGGAACCUCGACCACGUGCCCUGCUAACCAAAUGGUCAACAACAAUGAGAACUCUGGCCCGUUGAGUCCCUCCAGCGGCGUAGGGAGCCCAGUCUCGGGCCCAACCAAGCAGUUGCCUAGUGUCAAAAUCAUCUAUCCCAAUGAACUGGCAAAGAAGAUGACCAAAUGCAGCAAGAGCCACCAAGGGCCGGUCAUCAUCGAUUGCCGGCCCUUCAUGGAAUACAACAAGAGCCACAUCCAAGGAGCUGUCCACAUCAAUUGCUCGGACAAGAUCAGCCGGCGAAGGCUUCAGCAGGGCAAGAUUACCGUCUUGGACUUGAUCUCUUGCCGGGAAGGCAAGGACUCCUUCAAGAGGAUCUUUUCCAAAGAAAUAGUUGUUUAUGACGAGAAUACCAAUGAGCCAAGCAGAGUCAUACCUUCGCAGCCAUUGCACAUAGUGCUGGAGUCUCUCAAGCGAGAAGGCAAGGAGCCACUGGUUCUCAAAGGUAUUUAUGACCCAUAUUCUGCUGCCUUUCUUCUCUCCUUUUCUAGGGAUGCGGCGAUUUGCCAGGCCACUGGGAAGGCAAAGCUCUGCAUGUUCUUGUGGAGAUAGUUCAUGAUCUCUUGAUGCAGGAGGACUUGAAAAAGGAAGGAUGUGGUCUUGGUACCUUUUUCCAUUUCUUAAUAUGGUUGUGAGGUUAAGGUUAAUCCAAAGGCUAGCGGACGGAGUGCCUUUCCUUGGGAUUAAUGCUCACAAUGUGGUAUGCAAACUUCUAGGUUUUGCGGGAUUUAUCCUGGGCUUGAUAAUUUUCCUAAUAGAGAUUGGAGAGGCAUUUGGUUAAGCCUGUUGUAUAUUUUCUUUCAGUCUUAAUGGUGGUAACUGUUAGAACCAUGCCUUCUUCAACAGCUGGUGGGUUAUGUGGAGGCGCAUUAGCCUACAGAAGCAAAUGAGGACAUCCUUUUUGGAAAUGAGAAAAAACCCUAAAGAAUCAGCAACUGUCCUUGGCACUUAAACUCUCAGGUCCCUUGCAAAAAAAACACCCGAUAACUUUCAUGUUAGCAAAGCUGGAGAUGAAUGUUGGGAAAUGUUCUGGGUCCAGAAUAAUUAGAAGGCAAAUUCGGUAGCAUCAGUGAAUCUAGGGGCAGGAGUAGAGCUUGACCUUGACGAGAACUACACUGAAGACUGAUGAGUCUCUUGUUAGCCGCUUCACAGCAUGAGCUCAAAGAGGAAGAAGGGCAAGUGACUGAAACUUCCUGCUUCCUUGUUUCCUUUUGAACAUGGAAGUGGAAAGCUCUGAAAGCUAUGGGGCCCAGGUAGCUUAUGGAGAUCAUGCGUCUUGAAGCUAGUAAGAUGAGUUCUGCUCACUGUGCUGUGGAGGUAGUGCAAGUCAACUACAGUUCCUUUUUUUGCCACUUUCUAGUAACAUAUGAAAUAGUCAGAGUGACUUUGAAAUCGAAUGAUGGAACAGAGUUCCUAAAAGGUAAUAUAGUUGAGAUGGCCCGCUUAUGGAAAUGGUUAUUGAUCUUAUUGGCCCAGCAACCUGAACACAUUUACAGUACAUAGCUAUGAAGCUUCAUUAAUGCAAUGGAAUUGUGAAUGUGUGUUUAGGAUUGCCUAUUUAUGGGCUUAGUGUUGUGUUGGACAACACUGGUAACUACUACAGUAAACUGUUACCAGUAAUUAAAGUAAUUGUGUGCCUUUUUUGUGUGUUCAUGUAUUAACUAGAACUAAUUAGCAUCCAUGUUUUACUUUAGUGAGCCAUGAAGGUUAGCUAUGACUUUGCGUGUGCAUACAGCAACCGAGAACUGCAUUAAUCUAUUGACAGAAUAUGGUUUUAGACAAAGGUCAUGCAAUAAAACAAGGUCAUUGUGACUGAGAAACUUAACCACUAGAACGUCAUUUGCAGGAAUAGGUGAUCAUAGAUCCAGUGGCUAGAGUUAUGGUCACCAGUGUGGCACUUGAGGGAUCAAUGGUGCCUUUGAGGACAUCUCCUGUUGCUUCUGAGCCCCUCCUUGCUGACCCCUUUGUAAUGAGUUGGUGAGGGCAGCGUACCUUUUUCUUUCCUUUGAAAAGUGCAUAGAACUGAAGGAGGAAGUUUAAAGAAGAAAUGUUCUCUACUUCCUCUUUCAGAUCAAUAUGCUUCUCAAAACUUAGAUUAUUACAUGAGCUGCUGAAAAGAAAGUAUAGUGAGUAAGGGGGUAGACAGGAUAGCGGGAAGAAGAGGGUGCCACAAGAUUUGGAAGACAGACUGGAGAGAGAGAGAGAGAGAGAGAAGGUUGUGGUGGGGCCCAUACUCAUACCACCACAUGAUCCUCAUGAAAUUGCAUAAUUUGUAAAGGGUUCCUCCCUGCAUCAGAUCAUAUCUGUCUUUUGACUGAAGGUAAAAGACUCAGUACUGCCAUGUUUAUUUUUAUGUCUGUUUUAAAUGAUCUUAUCUAUUACACAUUUUUUAAUUAUGUACACCAUACAGACUUUGGUAAUUAAGUAUAUAAGUAGCCUAAAUAAAUGAUGUGAAAACAUGGGUCUGAGGCACAGAUGGUAUGAUGCUCAUAAUUUUGCAAAGGUUCCCCUCAAAGCUAGAACCAAAUCAUAGGUCACAUCUGUGUCCACAGAUGUGUUCUGUGAUUUGGUGGUUUUGUUGUCAUCCUGUGUACAAAUCAUGAUCUGUGCCUUGCGUCAAUGUAUUUGUGGUGCUGGCAAGCACCUAAGCAAAUUUUUGUACAGCAGUCUACCAGUGUAAGCUUUAAUUUGGUGAUGUUUCGGAGGACCUGCCAUAAAUUCAUGCAAAUUCUGUAAAAUCCAUUUUAAUUCUACUGGAUCCAGCUUUUACCCAGACCUCAUGGGAAAAGCAAAUAAUCUAUAUGUGUGUGUUGGCUUUCUCUCUUUUUGUCAGGGUGGUGGAUGUGAUCCAGGGAAAAGGGGGAGGGAGAAUCAACGAGAGAGGGUAGUUUCCAUAGCACACCUCUCAAAAUUCCAGAAUAUGUCCACAAACCCCCAAAAGGUUGGCAACUGCUGGACUAGAUAAUCAAUAAACUAGAAGCUGAAAAUUUGAUUCACCCGAUGGUCUCAGCAUUCUUUAGGGAGAAGCCACAGUUUCUUGGCAGAGCACAUGUUGGCAUUAGGGAGGUCCCAGAUCCAACCACCAGCAUCUCUCUUUAAAGCAGGGUUGGGGAACCUGUGGCCCUGCAGAUGUUGUGGGCUACAACAUGCACCAACCCUGACUGCUGCACAUGCUGGCUGGGGCUGAUGGGAGUUGGAGUUAUAAUCCUUGUGGGAACCAAUGAAUUGUGAGCACAAUAUCGGAAUAGGAAGAUUCUGGUUUAAAUUCCCACUCAGUAAUGAUACUCCCAGGGUGACCUUGGGCCAGUCACUAUCUUAGGAUCUGACUCAUCUCACUCAGAACCAUGUAUGCUACCAUGACUUCAUAGCAGAAAAGUUGGGAUUUGAAUAUAAUAAUUUAUUUUAAUUCAUUAAUGGGGAGAAAAAGCAAUAGGUCCUUUAAUGAAAACCACAACCUCCAGCUUCUGACUUGCUUUGAUUUUAGUCAAAAGUAUGAAGGCCGACCUGUAGAAGUAGGCAAUCACAAAGGUAGGGGGCACAGCAUCAUUUCCCCUGUAAUGUGAGCGCUGCAUCACACACUGGGGAAGAACUUUACUUGGUGGUAAAGUGCAUGAUUUGCUUGCAAAAGGUCUGGCAUCCAAUCCCUGGCAUCUCCAGGUAGGCCUUGGGAAGACCUUGGCCUGAGAUCUUGGAGAGAUGCAACCAGGCAGAGCAGACAAUAUUCAGCUAGAUGGACCAGUUUUCAAUUACUUGCCCUGCCCUGCCUUCUGGAGGAAUAUGCAUAGGCUCAGCAUAAGUCGGAAGGGGUGCGGGGAAGAACUGGUGAGGUGGCUUUGUUACAGAUGAAGCCUGACUGUUGCAUUCACUGAAAAGAAGUGGGAUGGUAUUCUGCACCACUUUAAGCGCUAAUAAAUGGGUGGUGAUAAACAGGUGCUUAACAGACAGCUUAAUCUCUUGGAGGACAUGGUUGCACUUACUGUUAAGUUGUGGUUUGUGUUUGCACACAAUAUAGUCUAACAGCCAGCAGUAAACUUUGCAAGUAACACCACUCUCCUUAUGUUCUGAAGACCUACCAAAUUAAGUCCAUCAUGCAGAUAUUUUAAAUAAUAUAAUAAUGAUUUUUUUAUUUAUACCCAGCCCAUCUGGCUGGGUUUCCCCAGCCACUCUGGGUGGCUUAAAGCACAUAAAAAAUGUAAAACGUUAGACAUUAAAAACUUCCCAAUACAGGGUUGCCUUCAGAUGUCUUCUAAAAGUCAGAUCGUUGUUUAUUUUCUUGACAUCUAAUGGGAGGGCGUUCCACAGGGUAGGCACCACUGUGAGAAGCCCCUCUACCUGGUUUCCUGUAACCUCGCUUCUCACAGUGAGGGAACCUCCAGAAGGCCCUCGGAGCUGGACCUCCGUGUCUGGGCUGAACUAUGUCCCCAUCAUUUCCACCUUGAGUUCCAUGAUAGUAGAAAGGUGGGGUAUAAAUGUACUAAACAGAUAAACAACAUGAAGAAGGUAUACCUGGAAUGUAAAUUGUAGUGAUAAUUGCUGAAACUUAUAUUUACACCCCAUUUGGGCCUCCUGCCCUCGUACAGACUCAUGAAAUCCUUUGUAUCACCUAAGAAAAUUCUACUCAAAGUGGUGACCUGUUUUUAGGCUAUGCUUCUGUUAUAAUGAUAUAUUGUUUGGUGUUUUAGACUCUAUGCCACUUAGAGGUUUCUGAAACAUUAAGUGGUGCAUGAAUGUUUUUAAAUGGUUACGGUUAGUUACUGUAUUUGUGUAUAAAACCAACAUGUGAAGAGAGGGACUGAGUAGCUGCACCCUUGAGUAGCUCCUCCUCCUGGUGUCCAUACAUACAGUGUGACUGUCUUCAGUGACACAGCUUUGCAUCCAUAUUCCAUAUGCACAAAGACUUCUAUGCACUUCAUCUGGAGCACAGAGCCACCAGCAGGAUGGGCUCCUUUGCACAGGUAGACAUCUGGAGUGAAGCUACUUGGGAUUUAGAUAUGUUUUAGAUGUGAAUAUCAUCUGAGUAGCACAAUAAUAACAGUUUAUUGUCCUAUGUGCACCUUUAGCUUAUGUUGAAUCACUAAGACUAUUGAGAACAGAGAUUAUAGAGAAAUAAUCCAUCUCAAAUUACCGUCUCUGCUAGCAAUCUUGAGUCUAUAGGAAUUGUGAAAGGACACACACACAGACACAAAUUCAAAAAUCCAUGACUUAGUGCACUGCUGGAAUUCUGCCUUAACUAUUAGAAAACUGGGGUCCAAUAGAACAGUGAAUAUGUCUAUGUGAUGGCUGAAAUAUGACAGGUAGUCCUUAGGAAUGAGGUCCCCAGAGUUUCAAAGGCUUAGGUUGCCUCUUAGUCCUUGAUUGCAUCAUUUGGGAGGGAAAAGAAUCCUCACAAUGUCACCCAGCAAACGCUGUUCUGGCCCUGCUCUGAAGCUGGGAGUUUUAAAAUUAGCCAAAAGCACUUAGCCGCUUGAUCUAAAGAAGCUUUAGAAGAAAAGAUUAAUUUUUUCCUCCCCUUCUGCCAGCUAGGAAAAAUUGUGGGUAGAGAUCAAGGGAUUAAUGCUGCAGGUUUUUUUUUACUUAACGGUGGCCAGAAAAAAGAGUGAGCAGGAAAGGGAGCGAUGGCCACAUCUCCAUAUGCUCUUUUUAAAGCAGCAGUGCUUAAAGGCGAGGACAACAAACGAAAAGCCCCUUUCUCAUCCCUGCCUUGUUUGGAAGUGUGAUCUGGACCGAUGAGACAUAAUAAGGCUCUGCUUCAGCAUCUGUGCUUGCAGUGUGGCCAGAGAGGUGUUUGUUAUUCAAUUUCACUUGUCGGAUGGAAUUUUUUCCAUCAUGCUUCAGUAGCUCUUAAUGUCCUGCAUGUGAUGCAAUUUUUGUUUUUAGAGUUUGAACUAAAACUGAAGCUGGGCUCUAAAGCCCCUCUUGCUUUUAAUGUUGAGUGAGGCUCUUGCCUUGACUGCGAUCCAGUCAUAAUUUAUGGCUGGCCCAUCUGAUCUUCCCAGUUUAUGUUUGUAAACAUUGGUUGCUAACUGCCCCAUCCAAGUUUGUCCCGCCCCCCCUCCCCACAUCCACUGAUCCAGUGCCAUGUUCUCCAUGUUUGGUGCUGCCUGUCAAGCAGGCAGCUCUCUGCUGCCAUUUCAGUGGUACAGUGUCACACAGAGGAGAAACUGAUCAGAGGGCCCUGGCCCCUAGGGAUUAAAUUACAGGCUUAAUUUACAGCUCUGGCUGGUGACCUCGAUCAAAUAUAUAUUCCUGUUCUAGACGUCUAGUGCCUUUUUUUUUGCUGGUGCUCUGUGAUGUGCAGAAAUGUGACAAUUCCAAUAGAAGGCCAGGCUGCCCUUUUGUUAAAAUACAGUUGAAAUGUGUCCACUGGAAUAUAGAUUUGAAAACACUGGUUCGGUUUCAUUACAUUUCUAGCUUGUUCUCCCUGUGUCUCUCUGUAUGGCGUGUGCUGGCUGGUGGGAAUUGUAUUCCUAGCAAUAUGCAUAGGGCCACUAGAUUAGCUACUCUUUCUCUAUGGAUCUCAGGUUAGCCAAUUCUCUCCCAUGAUAUGAUGAUCUAGGUUAGUCUUUGAGGUAGUGGUUGCCUCCUAGAGAGUCCAUAACUGAGCAGGGGUUUGAACGUGGAUCUCCUCAUCUUAAAUAUGAACUGGAGCCUUGGUCCCAUGCUUUAUACAGUGAGACUUUCUAACAGGGUUUUGAAGGAGAAAAAAUACAUUAAAGCACUCUUUACAUUAAAGCUUGUGCAUGCAUUAUAAUGAGUAGAUAUGAAGUGGCCCUGAUUCAAGGGAGUCGUGUUUAUGCAAGAGACUUGUGCCUGCAGAGGAGAUGAUUUUGUUGCUAAAGCUGAGAACCACUGUUUACCCAUCACCUCUGCCGGGUGAAAUGCAGCACUGAAAAGGGCUAAUAGUCAUCUGCUUUGUUGUUGUAUUUAUUACCCACCCUUCAUGCUCGUAUGGUGGGUUACAAUAUUUAAAAUUCAGAAUUAAAAAAAACAGUUAAAACAACGAACAGGGUGGGUCUUCCUGAAACACUUAUCUUACACGUGUCAAAGGCCAGAAUAAAGGGCCAUAUCUUCAUCAUCAUUCACUGAAAGCCACACACAGUAAUGAGGAAGCCAGACUCACCUCUAUGGGGAGGGAAUUCCACAACUCAGGGACUGCCAUAGAGAAUGCCACCUCCCACCCCAAACUUCAGAGGGAGGCAGAACUAUCAAGAGGACCCCCUCUACUGAUCUUAAUGCCAGAGGGACCAUAGGGGAAGAAGGGAUAUUUCAGAUAUUUUGGGACCAAAGUCAUUUAGGGCUUUGAAAACGUACACAAGCACUUUGAAUUGGGCCUAGAAAUGAACUGGCAGCCAAUGCAGUUACUGUACUUUAGAACAGGGAUUAUGAGAGUUCUAAAGGCAACUUCAGCCAGUAGUCUGGCCACUGCAUUUUGGACCAGGUGAUGUUUCUGAGUUGUCUUCAAGGGCAGCCCUGCAUAAAGUGCACUGCAAUAAUCCAGUCUGGAAGUUAGCAGAGUAUGGAGCACCAUGGCCAUGUGUUCUUUGCAGCCGGACUGCAGUUCUUAAGAGUUAAGUGACGUGUUGACCAGUAGGCCACUGCAAGUACCAUGAAUGGCUCACAGCUGCUUCUUAAAACAGAAAUAACAAAUUUGUCUUGAGGCUGAACCUUUCCCAACAUGGUGCCUUCCAGUUGCUGUUGGACUCCAACUUCAUCAGCCCCGGCCAACAUGACCUGUGGUCAAGGAUGAUGGAAGUUGUAGUCCAAAAUAUCUGUAGGGCACCUGGUGGGCAAAGCUGCUAUACUAUAAUACAAUGGCAGUGACCUUGGGACAGGUGUUAUAGAUGGACACACUCUUUCCUAUCAAAUGGAUAAUUUAUGCUGAUAUUUUCAGGUGAGCCCUCUCUCCCUCCUCCAGUGCACCUUGUUCUGAAAUUCUUCAUUGUCACGCCUGACACUUAUCCUUUCUCUCUUGCUCCAAAGGCGUUUGGAAUGUUCCUGAGACGUUAGCUAUGGAAUGUUUUUUUUUUUUAAUCCAUGGUUAGUUUUUGUUUCUGACUUGUAAAUUACAAGCUUUGAUAGAGAGUGACCCCUUCAUAACAGAGAGUGAAUGGUGGUUGAGAAUCCCAAGCUAGCCUGCUGCAAUUUUGGACGGACUCAGCUGUGCUCCAUGCAGUUUCUCCUGCAUUUGGCUUCUUAGUUUGAUGUGCGCAGUCUUCCUCCUCGGUCCCUUUAAGAAGAUACCUAUCAUGUGACUCUUCUAACCAAAAAACCGUUUCUCGAGCGGAUUCCUUUCUUUGAACAUCAUGUUUUUCUUCCUGCAGCUCCUGAUACAGAACUGAGAACAGCCUAUGGUGCGAUAUUUGCGAAAUGACAACUCUCUUUGAGCAAAGCUUCGCUUUCGUAGCAAUUUUUGGAAGGGUUGUCAUCCCCAAAGACAAGUAGAUGACUCACACUUGGUGUUACUGAGGUGGCUUAGUGAGAUUGUACUACUGAGAUCAUGUUCUACAAACUUUCAGAGCUGUAUUGACCUAAAAGCAGUUGCAAUGCAGAUGUAAUAUUUGCUAAUCUCUUACCACGGUUAAGGGACUGGUGCACUCCUCUCUCGGAUGACAAAACUUGCCGCUCUUCAUUUGUCAGCCUUAACUGUGGUUAGUGUUUAACAUUUGCAUGAGUGCUAAUCUGUGGCCAAUACGAUUUGGAGCUGGCCUUUAAUUAGGUUGGGGUAGGGCUCUCAGUGGUAGGGCAACUGUUUUACAUGCAGAAAGUCCCAAGUUCAUUCCCUGGCAUCUCCAGGUAGGACUGGGAAUGUCUCUUGUCUGAGAACCUGGAGAAUUGCUGCUAGUCAGUGUUGGCAGGUUUGCCAAUCUAACUUGUAUAGCUUCCUGGGUUUUGUAAACCCUGAUUAAGAGGCAUCCCAGUAGGUCUUUACAAUGGUUAGGGUGGGUGUUAAAUUGGGUUUAAAUGAGCAAUGAAGGAAAUGAGGCAUUUGUGCUGGAAAGUGGAGGGGGCAAUGUUGGAGGGGUGUUGCAGGAUCAGAGCAAUGAGAGGCAAAUAAUUCUGGCUACGGGGUUCUGGAGAAUGUUUGCUCAUGCAGUCUUCUGCUCAUUUAGAGAAAGAAUGGAAUUAUAGUAUUAAUGGAUUGGGAGGGGGCUGUUUUUAUACAAGCAGGGACCCUGUGCAAGGCUAGCUUCUUAAUCUAAGGGUCCAGAAUUUCCAUAAGGGAAGCUUGCGAAUUACUAGACACAGCACAGUCUUUUUGUGAGAGAAUGGAAAGCAUAAUGGAUGAAAAAGUCCUGGAAAGCUCAUAAAUAAUCUAUCUUAUGCUCUUUCCUAGAAGCUGGCAGGUACAGGUGUUGGCAGACCUUGCUGUGUAACACAUUGCUACAAUUUCAGUGGCCCCUGAAUGGAUAAUAUAUUAAGUGUUCUCUGCACUGUCCCUUUAAAUCCAGCACAGGCGGUGUCCUCCCAUUUUUCUAGGAGGCCUGUCUGUAGAACUCUGCCAAGGAGCUAUUACUCAGCCUGAUAGGCUACUGUUGAACCUUGACUACUAGAGUCUGAAUCCAGCAGGCAAGGCUCAGCAGUCAGCAUGACAUGUCAGUGGAUGUGGAGGAGAAGCAAAGGUGACCAUAGGCUCCCCCCCCCCAUUGUCAGAAUCUGAGCAGGGCUGUGGUAGAGCUCAUGCUCUGCAUGCGGAAGGUCCCUAGUUCGAUUCCAGGCACCUGGGAAGACGUUGUCUAAAACCCUGGAGAGCUGCCAUCAGUCAAUGGGGACAACACAGGAAUUGAUGACCUGGGAUGCGGAUGGCUCUGUGGUCUAAAGCACUGAGCCUCUUGGGCUUGCUGAUCGGAAGGUCGGUGGUUCAAAUCUCUGCGACGGAGUGAGCUCCUGUUGUUCUCUCCCAGCUCCUGCCAGCCUAGCAGUUUGAAAGCAUGCCAGUGCAAGUACAGUGGUACCUCGGGUUACAGACGCUUCAGGUUACAGACUCUGCUAACCCAGAAAUAGUACCUUGAGUUAAGAACUUUGCUUCAGGAUGAGAACAGAAAAUGUGCAGCGGCGGCAGCAGGAGGCCCCACUAGCUAAAGCGGUACCUCAGGUUAAGAACAGUUUCAGGUUAAGAACAGACCUCCAGAACGAAUUAAGUUCUUAACCCGAGAUAGGACUGUAGAUAAAUAGGGACUGCUGCGGCAGAAAGGUAAACUGUGUUUCCGUCCACUCUGGUUUCUGCCAUGGUGUCCCGUUGCACCAGAAGCUGUUAAGUCAUGCUGGCCACAUGACCCGGAAAGCUGUCUGUGGACAAACACCGGCUUCCUCAGCCUGAAAGCACAAUGAGCCACAACCCCAUAGUUACCUUUGACUGGACUUAACUGUCCAGGGGUCCUUUACCUUCACCUUUUUACCUAUAAGGCAACUUUUGAAGUUCCAUAGUCCCAUGGUCCCUGCUUAUAGGAGCCACAUGGCAUGAAUGCAGCACCUAGUUAAACCAUGGAACUGGUUAGCCAACACAUUUCGUGCUUGCAGGAUUCCCAUAGACAUCUUGGUUGGCUGGACUAGAUGGGACACUGACCUGACCCAGCAGGCUCCUGUUAUGUUCUUAAUUACCAGGGUUAGGCCAUUAUCUGAGCCUACCCUGAUGACCCCUUUAAAACUUGUCCACAUCUGCCCUGUAGUAAAGCUGUCCAUGCUACUUGUAAGGAUGCUAGAAGGUGACCACACUACUGUAAGGAGCUCUCUGCAGGACAGUCUUGCUAGUGUCAGCCUGAGUGAGAAUCAGAGAAUUGUAGAGUUGGAAGGGACUAUGAGGGUCAUCAAACUCCUGCAAUGCAGGAACCUUUUGCCCACCAUGGGUCUCAAACCCACAACCCUGAGAUUAAUAAUCUCAUGUUCUACCAACUGAGCUAUCCAGUCAAUUAUUUUCUCUACAUCCCUAAAUUUUGGAUUCUCUGUAAAAUGGGCUAGAACUCCACUCCCCGCUUCAGCAUGUAAUCACUUGGUUGAGCUACUUCCUAGUUAAAGAGAUGCCAAUAUUUACACAAAGGCAUCUUGGGGAUGUGUGUGCCAUGUUCCUCCCCACAGGAGCACUCAUCAUGCUCUAUCGUGCGCUUUCUCAUGUCCUGCCAGGAUUUUCCAUCAAAGUUCUUGUUGGCUGUUCUCUCCAGCUUUUAGGCCUUUGCCAGGUUUGUUCAUAUAAAUAGCUUUGCCAGGAGCAUUCGUUUUCUUCCACUGGACAUUUGAUUGCUUCUUUCAAUUUUAAAUGAAUUAUACUUUUGAAAUGGCUUUCGAAAUGCACAUUCGAAAUUAAAAAUGGUGUGUGAGUGCCAUUUUUAUUCUUAAACCUUCAUUGUGUUUUCAGAAUAAGUGAAGAUUGAGAAGCAGAGAUCAAGACAGUCCCCCUGACUUGGGCAAGGCCAUUUGUUGUGUGUGUCAGAACUGAUUACAUUGUUUUUGGCAUUUCAUAAGAACAGCUUCCUGGAUCAGGCCACUGGCCCAUCUAGGCCAGCAUCCUGUUCUCACAGUGGCCAACCAGAUGCUUGUGGGAAACUGGUAAGCAGGACCCAAGCACAAGAGCAGUCGUCCCUCCUGUGGUUUCCAGCAAUUGUCAUUCAGAAACAUUACUGCUUCUGACUAUAGAGGCAGAGUAGAGCCAUCGUGGCUAGUAGCCACUGAUAGCCUUAUCCUCCAUGAAUUUGUCUGGUCCUUUUUUAAUGCCAUCCAAACUGGUGGCCAUCAAUGUUUUUAUCAUCCUUGGUUUUAGUGUUGGAAACUCAGAUACAGUGGAACCUUGGGUUGCGAACGUAAUCCGUGCGGGAGGCGUGUUCACAACCCCCAGCGUUCGCAACCGCAAGUGCUGUGUCUGCGCACAUGCGGGUCGCAAUUCGGUGCUUCUACGCAUGCACAAAGCACAAUUUAGCACUUCUGCACGAGCGCCGAAACCUGGAAGUAACCCAUUCCGGUACUUCUGGGUUUGGCGCGGUGCGCAACCCGAAAACGCAUAACCUGAAGCGUCUGUAACCCGAGGUACCACUGUAUAUAUAAGCCAUGCACCAAAUGGCUCCUUAAACCAAGGUUGCAGUCACCAAAACGGAAUGUCUAGUUGGAAUUUAGGGGCAAGAGAGUUCUAAAGUCUUAUUUUUCAAAUGAUGGACUGACUGAGAUUAUCAGUUUAACAUCUGGCUAGUUCAGAUGACAACCUUGAGCUAGGUUAAGAACUCUAAUAACUUAAAGAAGAAAAGUCACUUGACCCACUUGACAGUCCACAUAUCUAUAGGCCUAUUCUGACCUCUGCUCAGGCUGCACAGAAAUAAUAAUUAAUAAUUCAUAAUUUUAUUAUUUGUACCCCGCCCACUUGACUGGGUUGCCGCAGCCACUCUGGGCGGCUUCCAGCAUAUAUAAAAACAUAGUAAAACAUUUUGGUUCCAGAAAUUCAUUCCAAUUGUGCAGAUAAAAUAUAACCGGUAGAAUUCUACAGAAUGGGGUAUUAGUGUGCGAAAACAGUCCAGAUCCAGUGGUUCCCAGGCAGGCACCUCCAGAUGGUGGAGAUGUCAGGUGCCAUCCUGGAGCCCAGGCAUAUUCACUUGGUCACAAGUGGUCGAAAGCCAAGUGUAAAAUACACCUGGCUAAUUUCAAACACUGCUUGGUUCACUAUUCAAAUGGAAUACGUACUUGGUCCCCUUUUAUGCUCAUCUUGAGAAAAACAGGCAGUUUGAUGUAGGAAGUCUGGGAGUUAAAACUGAAAUUGAUGAUCAGGGGAAUCACAUGCUAUAGCCCUUGGACUGUACUAUUUCAGACUGAGAGUAGGCGAGUACGCAUCAAUGCUCCUUAAGAACUACUGAGCGAGCAGUAGGCUCAAAUACCAUCUGAUUGGUUUUCCUCACUGUAUAUCUCCAGGAGUGAAGAAGCCAGGGGAUGGCUUCCUGCUGAGAGCUGAGCAAACAGGGUGAGGGCCUGGAAUAUCCCUGAAGGGCCCUGCCUCCCCUGUGGUGACAGCCCUGCUUCCAGACAACAACAAUUCCAUUUUAGUGUUAGCGUUGGCUGGGAUCCAGGGCCACAUAACGAAUAAAGGGUAGAAUUAUUAUAUGGGCAAAGUAACUCUCUUCCCCUCCCCAGCUUUAGUCACAAGCCUUUUGAGAAAUGCUGGAGAAGGAGAACACAGAUAACAUUGCAGCUGAAGGAAGGGCACACUUGGGAUUGCCAACUUUUGGCCGGCCGCUGCUCUUGUACUUCAUCUGUAGACUUUAGGAGGUGGUGAUGCUCUGUUCCUUGCUGUAAAAAAAGCUGACUUCUGCAUCACAGUUGUUGUAAACAUGGUUCUUUUUCAUUAAACCUGCGGCUUAAGUAAAAUGAGCAUUCUCUACCUUUCACAGGGUUUCAGAUCUCUAAAUCCACCCAAGGAGAUUCUUACGUCGCCCCUCUUCCAAAUCGCUGAAUGUUGCCCUUUGUGUUGUCUUAAUGCUCACAUAAUCCCCCACAUGACAGCGCCAGCUGCUGAUUUUGUUUCGGAACGAGGGCUGCAAUGAAGGGCAAACAGUCAGUGUUGCAUUAGAUACCAAUACCCGGCUGGCUGGAUGAAGGAGCGAAUCAGCACUAAAAUCCCCAAAUGGGCAGAUUAAUAUUUCAUACAAGUCCCUUUCUGAGUGCUCAGUGCAGACACGUGUGCUGACUAAGUCUGUGCAAAGUGAUAAAGCACCUUCAGCUUAUGUAAAAAAUGAGGCACAUGCUUUAAUGCCUUGCUCUUUUGGAUUUCCUCUCCACUGUUUCACUUCAAAUCAGAGUCUAAUGUAAAUAUUCCAGAGUCGAAGCACAUAGACAUUUAUGUUCUGUAUAGGUAAUUUUCAGAGAAUAUGCUUUUGAAUCACAGAAUAGGGAGAUCCCAGGGGUCAUCUAGUCUACAAUUCAGAGAUCUCAACUAAAGCACCCAGGACAGAUGGCCACCCAACCUCUGCUUAAAAGGAAGGAGAGUUCACAACUUCCCGAGGGAGACUGUUCCUUAACAUUCCCCCAUCAUCCAAGGAAAGUAUAUUUCUGUGAAAAGGGUAAGGAUCCUGAAAAUGUAGCGAUGGGCAAAAAGCCCAGGGCUUCCUCUGCAAAAUAUAUAGGCCUUUGAACAAUUUGGUUGCAUGCAGAACUGCUCCAAGGUAGAGAUGGUAGACUUGUGGCCCUCCAAAUGUUUUGGGGCUACAGUUCCCAGCGCCCUCAGCCAGCAUGGCCAAUGGUUGGGGGAAACGUGAGUUAUAGCCCAACGACAACUGGAAGGGCCACAUAGGAUCGUAGAAUUGGAAGAAACCACAAGGUCUUUUUCCCAACGUGGGGCUCAAACCCGCGACCCUGAGGUUAAGAGUCUCACACUCGACCAACUGAGCUAUGCAGCAUCCUCAGGUUUGUCCUUCUUUGCAAUGGAGGGGGAAAUCACCUUGGUGAAAGGGAAUAAGGUAACAGAUGCAGAGGGUUCAGGGUGUGAGCACAAUGGAGGUGGCAGGCCUUUCUGUUCUUAUAUUCUGCAUGCGAAAGAUCAUGCAGAGGUUCUCACAUUGGAAUCCCUGUUUCAAUCCGCCACUCCGUCAUUGUAAUGAUUAACUCUAUAGGGAAUAGGCUCCAAUCCUGCUAAAGUUAGGCAGAAAAUCACAGCUGGGCAGAAAGGAAGAGCAGGACAGGGCUGUCGUCCUUGGUUCCUACCUCUUUGGGCUUCCCAGGAACAUCUGGCUGAUCACUAUGGAAAUGUGGUCUGGAAUAGAUAGACUUUUGUUCUGAUCCAGCAGAGAGCUCUUUAGUGGGAAUUAGAUAUCUUUGGCAGUGAUAAUAAGUUUUCCUUCCUGGGGAGAAAAAUCCUGUGCAAAUUAGGCUAAUUUGCAUAGGGUAAUUUGCAUGGGUUCCCCCCCCCAUGCCCUGGAGAGUGACCUAGUUUAGCAUGUUUGUUUAACAUGCAUUUUGUAAACAAAGCUUAGAAACAUUGAAGCCACCAAGCUUGUCUAAUACUGUAUUUUCAGUUGGUGCCCCUCCAUUUUCUGCCCCACUCCUCAUCACGGAUGGUGGGCAAAAUGAGCCGCUGUGAGUUCUUCCUCCAAGAAUGUCCACAUGGCCUCAUUAUUGGUUUGUUCCAAACCAGAGGACAGGUCUGGGCCACAGUCUAAAAUUCAUCAUGGACGAAUGAGGGAGACAGGUAAGUAUACAGGCAGCCCCCCUCUUUUUAUGUGUGCAACUGCACAUACACACAUUGCACCAAACCAGGAAGUGACCCAAAAAUGUCACCAAAAGGAGGGCAGGGCAGAGACAAAAUGGAGGGUUUGCAGGCUUUUCAAAUAUACAGGAUUUCACUGAUGCACGUGGUGCCUUGAAAUGUAACACCUGCGUAAAUGGGGCCUGUGUGCCUGUAUGCAUUUAUUCUACUUCCACAUGCUUGCGCUUGGUUUGUAUGGCUAUGGGGAGUCUGUUCCCUAGUCUCCAUGGGAAAGGCGGGUCUUGAGGAGGAAUUUGAUGAAAGGAGGAUAUGGUACCAUGUAGGUGCACUAGAAGUAGUGAGAAGGGUGGGGUGUAGUUCAGUUCACAUUUAAAGGUGAACCUACUUGAUUUGCACUUCUGGAAAUGAUGCAUGGGCCAAAACAGAGCCACCCUUGGAAAUUUGCACCUCUCUGAACUUUGAAAUGCCGUUCUUCCUCUAAGUCAGGUGUGGGGAACUGUUGGCUUUCAAGAUGUUGCUGAACAUAAUCCCCAGCCAGCAUGGUCAAUGGCCCGGGAUGAUGGGAGUUGCAGCUCAGCAGCAUCUGAAGGGCCAAAGGUUCUGCACACCAGAUCUAGGUGGUGUGUUCAAAAAUGGAAAAAUGAGCAAUAUAACACCAUUAAGACAUGGCAGUUAAUAACUGGAUCAAAAUUAAAAUGUGUUGAUACUUCCUUGAAAAGUCACUAAUGACAGGGCCGUGUGCAUUUCAUGAGAAAACAUAUUCUAUAAAUAUGGAGCCACAGUUAAAAAGGCCUUGUACCCAUCAGCCCUAACCCCCUUUUAUUGAUGGAUGUGUGCAGGGCUUCUGAAACUGGUUGUAGAGUUUGCACAGAUGCAUAUGGGAGCUGGUAGUCAAAACUAGAGCAAUAUGCUCUGAUGUUUGAUUCCCACAAGCAUUCUUCCUGCUGCACUCUGUACCAGUUUGGAGUUUUAGACGUCUCUCUAAAGGCAGUCGCAUGUAAAGCAUAUUGCAAGAUUCUAGUGCACGCAUUCUUAAAAGUGUCCAUCCUUAUUAGCCAUAUGGGAUCAGCGGGCUUGGGAGAACCCUAGGAUUUGCAGGAGCAGAAAAACAUUGGGGAGGGAAUCCUAAGGGUUGGGUGUAGAAGGAGGAUGACCCAAAAUUAGCCUGAGCAUGCUCUGUGAGUGCAAAAUUCUGACUGCUGGAGCAAAAAACUAGGAGGGUGUAGAAAUCAAAGGGAGUGUUUUUGGAAAAGGCAUGGCUGGCUAAAACAGUGAGCAGGAAUACUCCACACUGCAUUUUGUUGUCUGUUUUGCUUAAGGGGGCAAAUCUCAAUCUUUUUUCUUGUGUUUCAUUUCUCUUAGUUAAACUUUGAUUAGAUCAAGCCCCCUGAACUGCCUUUCCUCUGAAAUUCUCUCCAUCUGAGAGCAAUUUCUUUAAUUUGGUGGUCCAGAUUUAAGAUGCGGUGACACCUCUCUAGCACACCAGAGUACUACAGUGGUACCUCGGUUUACAAACUUAAUCCGUUCCGGAAGUCUGUUCUUAAACCAAAGCCAUUCUUAAACCGAGGCAAGCUUUCCCUAAUGAGGCCUCCUGCUGCCGGUGGCCUUCCACCAUUCGGCUUCUGUUCGUAGACCGAGGUAAAGUUUGCUAACCGGAACACUACUUCCGGUUUUGUGGAGUUCGUAUACCGAAUAGUUCAUAAACAGGGCUGUUCUUAAACCGAGGUACCACUGUAUUACUCAGUAUUUGAUGCUGUAAAGUUAGAGUGUCCUAGUCUCUGAUAUUGCUCUAUUAUCGGCAGAGUAUUUUGUUUCGCUUAGAGGGGUGUGAACUCUUCCCUGGCAGGAAAUACCUUUGAUCUUAACUGAAGUAUUAGAUCUUUUCCCAGAAAUUGCUACAGAUGUUUCAUUUCAGAGGAGCCUCCAAAUUUGGCUCCAGUCUUGCUUCAGGGGAAAUUCUGUGGCAUUUAUAGUUCUCUGUUGCUUUAAUCAGCCUGUGGGUUCCUUGAGCCCAGUGGACAAACAAAAACAAAUAUCUAGUUGUUCUCUACAGUGACUCGAGUUAGAAAGAGAGGUCUCCUUUAAUCUAGAGAAAAGGUUUUCUGAGACCUAGUUAGAUAUUACAUGCUAACAUAUUUGUUGCAUCUGCUGACUUGAAGAGAGGGGAACAAAUCUGUAACGACUUCCAGAGGGACAACCAUGUUCAGCUGUUGCAAGCAGGAUCGAAGGAUCUGUCAGUUUCUUCACUUAUAUCAUUUCUCAAAUCUUGAAUUUGGUUCGCCACUUUUCUGCAUCAGUUUGUUAAGUCUUUAAUAAGAAUUCAUUACUUUAGUCUGCAUUUCUCCUAACAGGACACAUUUUUGAAUGUAGAAUCAUAGAGUUGGAAGGGACCUCAAGGGUCAGGUAGUGUCCCCGGUUUACUGCUUUUUUUGCAUAUUUGAUUUUUCACAAAUAAAUGCAUUUUUUUUACAUACACAUUUCCCUAAUAUGCACAGUGUAUAUACAUUAGUUGGAGAAUUGCAUCACAAAAAUUGGAGGAUUGUGAAGAUCGAUGCAAUUUGGUUUGCACAUUCUUAUGGGAUGUGUAAAUUAGAGCCAUUAAUGAAUUAAAACGGAAACCAAACCAAGUUUCUCCCCGCACACCCCCCACUAUAGCAGAGGGUCUUGUAGCAACUUAAAGCCUACCAAAUUUAUUAUGGCAUACGCUUUUGUAGACUACAGUCCACUUCAUCUUACAUGUUAAUCAGGAAUUGCAGGUCUACACACACACACACACACACACACACACACACACAAAUUUGGGGGACUGUAAACAGAGGUUGGAAAGAAAUGAAUGAGAGAGAAAUUUCCUCCUGCUUUUCUUUAAUUCGAAGCAUUUUUAGCAUUGUAUACUCCUCACAGUAAAUUACUAAUAUAGCUAUAACAACUCCACCAUUAAUAUUCAACAUUGUAAACAAUACAAAAUCAUACUGAGAUCAGUUUACAGUGUAGAGGGGUUGUUAACCUUCCAGAAUAAAAACGUCAUCUUAAAAGUAUGAGGUUGGGCAUUCAUGGGCUUUAUUGGGGGAAAUUAUUUCAGACUGCUGCUACUCCAGAAUAUCCAUCAUCCUGUUCUGUAUGAAAGAAAUUUCCUGGAAUUGUUUCUUCCAUUUCUCCUCCAUGGAGGAAUCCCUACAGCCAGUGGUUCUAAACUACGAUGAUAAGAACCAGCAAUAUGGCUUGAAUAAGUGCUUGUACCAGCCCAGUGAAGCUUAACUGAUUCAUUGACCCCAGGCGCAAGAUUCCAUUGGAGCAACCAGUUUGUAAAAGGCAAGGUCCCGCUGCGUUAGAGACUGAAGAUGCUUGGGUAACUUGGAGCAGUGGCAAUCCUCCGAAAGAGUUGUCUUGUGUUGGGCUAGAGUUCAAGGGUUGAGCCUUAAACCAAUACAGGCAACUCUGCUUUUCUGCAGACAGAAACAUCAACAUGUAUUAUGUACAAUUUAGCACACACAACACAUAUUUAAUUUAUGUAUUUUAAAAAUAUGAAUGCCCUAGCUUUAUUCAAACAGUCAUUCCAAAUGCAGUAUACCCAUGUUGAUAUAGCUGCAGGCUUCUGCAUCAUCCCAGAAUUGCCUUAAGGUUUCUUAGGUUUUGCUAAUUGGGGGAAAACAGGGGGGAACGUUUGCUUUCAUCUAGUCUUAAAUGGUUAUGUUGACCUCAGCAUUGUCAUGCAGAAACAAAUAUCUCUCUGGAUAUACAUUUUAAUUAAUGUAUGCAUUCGUGAUAGAAGGAGAGAGAACUAAAUUCUGAAGUACAGUUAAAGAAUAGCAAUAGCUCAAAAGUGGGGGGAAAUCUUAUAUUUCCUUUCCCACCCAUCAUUCAUCCUGAUCCCACCCCCCCACCCCCGCCUUCAACUUCUAGUUGAUACAACCUUGUUUUGCAUUCAUAUACUGAAGACUUGGGAGUAAAAGAAAAUGAUGGUCUUAAUUGUUCAGUGCUUCCAUCUGGCUGUUAACCAGAAGGCUGGUGGUUCAAGCCCACCCAAGGAUAGCUGAGGGCAGAAUUUCUGCGUUGUGUGGGGUUGGACCAAAUGACCCUGUGUGUCCCUUCCAAAUUACAAUUCUAUGAUUCUAAAUCAGGAAUUGGGAGUUUAUGGUCCUUCAGACGUUGCUGGACUUACAACUCCCACCACCUUUGAUCAGUGCUAGAAAUUAGCCAGGCACCAGGUGCAUUUUACGACUAGCUCAUGUCCAAUUGUGACCAUGUGGAGAUCUCUGGAUGCCAGGCUGGUGACUGGGGGGGGGGGGGGAGCAAAAUAUCACUUAGAGAAGGACCUGAAAUAUUUUCCUUGAAGCCUGAAUUUGUUUUAUUUGAUGUUUUGAUGUGUUGAAAACCACUUUGAGAUCAGUUCUUUAACAUACAAAACGGUAAAGAAAUGACAACAAUAAACUCCAUGGCGGGGUGAUGGUGCCUAGACAUUCCAUUGUGGCGGCCAUAACCUAGGUUUAAGACACCAUUUGGCGAUUAAAUUAUAUAUCUGAGGGCAAUGUUUCCCCACCCGAAGUCUAGGUUUUGUGGAGAGAAGGCACUCUGCGAAGAAUGAUGAAAGGGCAGGGUCUGGACAUGGGUGUAGCCGGGGAGGCAGGGGGCAGCUGUCCCCCGCCCCCAAAUCAAUCAAAAUCAAUACAAAUCUGAGGUUCUGCCCCCUCCUAACAAAAGCCUACCCCCCUAACAAAAAUCCUGGCUAUGCCCAGGGAUGUGAAUCCUUUAUAAACUAGCUGCUUCGAAUACCCAAAAGGGACUGCAGUGCUAUGUCAUGAUCUACUUUAGACUGAGUUUGGUUAUGAACCUGCCUUUCCAGGUAACUAGUGAAUGGAAUGGGGGUGGAGGUGGGGAAUUGACCUUGCCAGUGGAUGGAACGCUCCCAGUUCAUUUGUUCCAGAGCGCUGCAAAUUAUUCACCCUGACAGCUUAACUGGAGGGGUGGAUGUGCUUGAAUGCUGGCGAUUGGGAACGGGAGGGGCCGUGCAGAAGGCUCCUCUUUCCAAACCCCUUUGAGAAAUGGAAAAGUGAAACGGACCCUUUUGCCCUCUGCCACAUGCUGUCUGAGCACGGAGAGAAACCGGAUUCAUAUGAGUUGCAUGCUUUCCCACAGUGCAAACAUCACCUACCCUUUUUCUCUCAGUGUUCUAGUUGCCGCUGUUUAAUAGGCGCUCGUGUUCAAACUGCACAUAUUUGGCUGAUUAGAUAACUGGCUUCCUCUCUAGCAAUUUUGCUUGGGGAGUUUUUGGUGGAGAGUGGAAUCCAGUUCUGUUCUACCCAAACUCUGGAGUGGAUUGCAGCACCCAGAAUGGAUUCCUCAAUUGACCCUGGACAAGCACAGAGAAAGCUAGUGCAGCUAAGCUUCUCAGCACGUGUACAAAGGAUUCCAAGGCAUGCAGAGUGGUGAUAUUGUCCCCUGCACGGCACUUGGGGGGUGGUGCUCCAAGCAGAGCCUUAGUGUGUAGUCCUCUACCAACUUAGCUAGUAAAUAUGAGUUCAGACAUUCUGAAAAGGUAUAGCGCUUGGGAUCUAGCAUUUCAGUGCCUGAUAAUAUCACAGAAUUGCAAUUAGAAGGGAGCCUGACUAGGGGUGGCUAAUAUGGGGCUCUCUGGAUUGGUGCUUUUCAACCUUGUGUCCCCAGGUUUUGAACUACAACUCCCAUCUUUCCUGACCACUGGCUAAGUGAGUUGAGGAUGAUGGGAGACACAUGGUUGAAGAACGCUGUCCCAUUGUACUCCCAGCCUGCCUCAGCCUGCAGGACUAAUGGAUGAAGGGGGCUGUAGACACAACAGCAACAAUGACCCUUGUUCUAGAAGGUAGAGAAGUCUUGAUUUUGAAGCAUUGUGUAAUGUAUCACUGCUUUCCAAAAACAAGUGUGUCAGGGUUCGCAAGUUUGUCGAGUCACUCUGUGACUGAAACAUUUGAGUGACCAGUGGCUUUGUAAAUCCAAUUGCAGAUGGGAAAACCUCAGGCAAAUGUCCCCUCUUCUGGCGUGUGGUUCACAGGUUCAGUUGUUAAUCAUCUAGAUUCUGAGCGAUGUCCAUGCCUGUGUGAAGUGGCCUUUCAUGUGUCACAGCCAACAAUUCUGAGGAGCAUGUCAUGUUGUAGAAAGUUCAAGAAGUUCUUUUUUCUGAGGCUGGUUGUGUGACAUGUGCAAAAUAUUUCGAGUGAGUAAAGCAUAUGCAGCAGUAAUGCUUCUGAAUACAGUGGUACCUCGGGUUACAGACACUUCAGGUUACAGAUUCCACUAACCUGGAAGUAGCACCUCCACUUAAGAACUUUACCUCAGGAUGAGAACAGAAAUUGUGCGGCGGUGGCAGCGGGAGGCCCCAUUAGCUAAAGUGGUACCUCAAGUUAAGAACAGUUUCAGGUUAAGAACGGACCUCCAGAACGAAUUAAGUUCUUAACCUGAGGUACCACGGUACCAGUUGCUGGAAGCCACAGGAUGGAAAAGGCCUCUUGCGCUCGUGUCCUGCUUGCUGGUUUUCUGCUGGCAUCUGGUUGGCCACUGUGAGAACAGGAUGCUGGACUGGAGGGUAAUAUCAAUGGGGUGGGACUAUGUAUGCCACUUGGAGCUCCUUGGAGAAAAGGAGGGAUAUAAAUGCCAUAGACUCAUAGAGUUGGAAGGCACCCCAGCGGUCAUCUAGUCCAACCCCUUGCAAUGUAGGGAUCUUAACUAGAUCAUUACAUGACGGACGGUCACCCAACCUUUGCUUAAAAACCUCCAAGGAAGGAGAGUCCACAGCCUCCCGAGGGAGACCUUUCCACUGUCAAACAGCUCUUAAUGUCAGCAAGUUCUUCCUGAUGUUUAGCUAGAAUCUCCUCUUAUUACAUAAUAAUAAAUGAAAAACAAAUACGUAAAAUAUACAUACUUGCCUCCUCCCCUCUGAGUGAAAAAUGUGUGUUAUUAUGAACCAAGCUUAUAGACUGCUUCAUGGCAUAAAACCAUCAAAAUGGUGGACAGAGUAGAUAUUGGCAUAAAUUGUGCUCAGCUUCUGGAGGGAGGAACCUUUAAUUAUCCAUGUGCUUCCUUCACACAUUUGAUACAGGCUGGGCUUUAGUUAAAAUGCCCCCUGUUUCACAGCCUGAUUUCAAAAGUAAAACACGGGGCAUAUUGUCAUUUUUUUGGAGGUGUUCUGUUGGGCGGUGGAGGUGAGGUGUAUGAAGCCAGCUGCUAAGGGCUGGUUGUUUCCAUACCCCCUUUGAAGCCCCUAAAGCAAUGCUAUGUUUAUCACAUAAGUGGUGUUCACAUGCUUAAUAAUAAUAAUAAUAAUAAUAAUAAUUACACCCCGCCCAUCAGCAAGUGGACACUCUCAUAGAAACACUUGUGCAGAGAUUGCUUGUACCUGUGUUCAAGAGUAACAUGUGAACAAGCCUAUAAUGACACUCUGUCAUUGUAGGGUAAGAGCUUGGUAUCCAGUCCCAGUUUGAGCUCCCCUCUUGCACCUCUGGUCUCCUUCCUGCACCUGAAACGUGCUGCAGGGGAAUUUCAUACCUACCCACAACCUACAUCUGAAGUGAAAGUUCAUAUAAUUCGCAGUGGUUCUUGAAUCUUUUUUUAGAUAUGCGUACCCAAGUACAGUUAUACUUAGAAAGAGACUAUGGUAUAUAAGGUCGUGUAUGAUCCUGAAUUUCACCCCCAUUUGCUAUAAAUAAAACCCAUGUCUAAACAAAUCCAUUUGGUGUUAACCCUAACUUUCUAGAAUGGAAGCUUAGUGAGGAAUGUUGCAUUUCAAGUAUUAAUGGUGGAGAUGUUGGGUGUGUGUCAGUGUCUAGGAAUUGUAAUUUGGGUAGUUGUUAAUAAAUACUGGCUAUAUCGUUGAGAAGAGAAGAAUCCUGCCAGAUCAGGCCAAAAGCCCAUCUCGUCCAGCGUCCUGUUCUCACAGUGGCCAACCAGAGAUGCCUAUGGGAAACUCACAAGCGGAACAUAAGCAGCACAGCUCACACUCCCGCCUGUGAUUUCCAGCAACUGGUCUUUGGAGGGAAACUGCCUCCGACAGCGGAGGCAGACCAUAGCCAUCACGGCUAGUGGCAAAUGACACACAACCUGAGUAUUGGAAUUGAGUAGGCACUCAAGAGUAAGUCUAUGAGCUUACUCUUCUGACACUUGGGUAGGAGGAAGAACUGUCCUAAUGGAAUUUCCUUUUUCCUCCUUUGAAGCUCUCGGGGAAAAUGUGGCUUCCAAGGAACUCUUCUGGUUGUCAGUUAGCUGCCACAUCUUUCUCCCCCUAUUGCAGAGUAUAUGGGGUGGGCAACCUGUGACACACACCCCCCGCCAGAUAUAGCUAGAGUGCAGUUCAUAUCAUCCCUGGCCACUGACCGAGGCUGAUGUGGGUUGGAGUCCAGAAAUGAUUCGGGGGGCCCCAAGUGUCCCACCCCCAUUGGAGAGUUAAGAAAUACUCACAAGGUUUUUUUGCCAUGUUCGUCUGUUGGUUGCAUGGGCUGUGGAAGUUUGUACUUUUGUACUUUUUAAAGAAAGGUACAAAUGCAUGUGUUCUGCUCUGGAAAGAAUCUAGAUAUCUGUUCCAUGCCGCGCCUCUGCCACAGCGGAGAACCCGGUGCAUUUUGAAGGCUCCAGAGAACAAUUAUUUGACAGCAGGCAGAACCCUAUGCUUUUCAGCCUCUGUUUUCAUUAGGUUUUUGGAGCAUGUGUAGAACUAGGGUUGCUGUAUUUCAAAAAGUGGAAAUCCGGACACAAACGUUGUUGAGCUUUUUGUUUUUGGCCAAAGUCGUGGAGCUUCUUUUAGUUUUGCAAGAUCUAUUAAAACACACUUGGUUGCCAUAAGUCUGGAUUUUCCCGGAAAUUAAAGCAAUUCCUGCCCAGACACUGUUUCCAAUGGCUGAAUCCUGGCAAUGUCUGGGAAAUUCUGGGUGCAUGACAACCCUAGUAGAACAUAGCUGUGAAAAUCCAAAGCAAUGCUUGGAUAGUGACCGUAACAUUACUGGUGGUGGUGGUGAUGAACAACUAUCUUCUACUCAUGCUGUCUUGACACACGUCUCUUCUCUUAUUUAGAUCUUGAGCAUUCUUCCACCAUAGGCUUCGAGCUGUCAUGUUAUGCAAUUCCUGUAGGCCUUUUUAAAAGAGUGGAAACAUAUCAGGUUACCCACUUCCUCUUAUUGCAGAGGCCUGCCAUUUGAUUUUCUUUGCUGGUUGCACGCCCCAGCUUUUCAGUGUUAGCUUCCUUUAUCUUAAAAAAGCAACCAACGAUGAAACCACAAUCCCUCCUAUAGAGUAAGUUCUAUAGUACAGUUUGUUUAGAGUCGUCACAGUAUUGCUUUAGAGCAGCAUUUUUCAACCUUGGGUCCCCAGAUGUUCUUACAAGCCCACCCAUACUUCUGAAUCCUCACCCACUGAGUGGUGCAGGUAAAUCUCACUCCCCCAGUUUGCCCGAUCAUUGUUUUGCAGGCUGAGUGGAGUCUACCUGUGGUGCUGGAUAGCAUACAGAGGAAUGAGUAUCAGUGGCCUUACCUAUCUGCAGCCCAUGCUCCACCCAUGGUCUAUUCUGGCCAUGCCCACUGACAUGUGGUCCCUGACCAUGCCCCUUGUUGCCCACCCCACAUGUAGAGAUGAUGACACACAGGCUGAAGUGUGUGAGGGUGCUCCUUUUCUUUGAUCAUUAAGCAAAGGUUGCUGCUUUUAAGGCUGAAAACUUGUACACAUUUCUAGUGUUUUCCAGUCUCAUUGAAAUCAGUGGGACCACUUCCAAGUAAAUAUACACAGGAUUCGGCCAUAAAAUUCUGCCAAAAUCUUUGAUUAGAAUAAUUAUACAAUGCAGAUAUAGGUGCACAAAUGUACUCCAUUAUUAUCAAUGUUGCACUUUUACUACUUCUCAAAAUUAGUAAUGGCUGUAUUGGGGAAAAUAAUUACAUCUAGAGUUCUCAGCUCCCUUGAUCCCUGCCUGGAUGUCUUUUGCUUUCUGAACAACUUGGGUGUGUUUUUCAGAGUGUGUGUAUGUGGAAGGAUGUUAACUAAGAUAACAAGCUUCCCCCUUUUUCUCUUGGAGGAGAAAAGGUAAUGUAACUUUGAAUUCUGAAAAAAAAAGAUGUAGCAAGAUGGGUUCUGUGAGCUGGAAAAUAAAUUUCUGGACCUGUUGGCUGUAAGAAUCAUAGGAAGGCUAAAGGCUUAUUCUAGGUAGGGUGAUGCUGGACAUAAUAAUUGGUGAUCCAUUUCUCUCCCCCUCCCACAAGUUCAGCCAAGAAGCCGAGAAUCAACCCUUUAUCAUUGCUUCAGCCUCCAUUGACCUAACCAUUCCUUGUUCUGAUCUUCAGUGCAAACUGUACAACUAGAAUGGAAGUACAAACGUUAGUUAAAAAAUAACACUGUGAGUCAAACAUAAAUUCUAAACCUGGAUUCCCUCCCUUUAUGGAAUAGUUUGACCUCCCUGACCUGACCUCCUUGACCAGAAUGCCUGAUGGCUUGAUUAGAAGAACAAUGAGGAAUCCGGAUUAGUGGUAACCCUAAAGAUAUAUGUAGUACUUUUUCCAUUUUCUGAUAUUGCCAGAGACAAUAAGACAGUAACAGAGUGGUUUGCCUUAGUUAAAACCCAAGGGCUGAAUUUCCUUAGAGUAAACCUCUCCUUGACAUCCCUGGGUGAUACUGAUGGAUUAACGCUGGUGGGUGAAAUUACUUUAAAAGUUUGGUGGAGGCUGUAAUGAAGACUCGCUUGAAUUGAGUUUGCCUUGAACAAGAAGGGAGUGUGUCUUCCUUUUGGAGUUCUGCUGGAGCGUUUCAUCUUGCCUUGUGCAUAAUUAUAAUUGACGCAUGGGGCAACCUGCCUAAUGAAACCUGUGCCCUGCAGGUUGAUAGCCCUGUAUUGUGCAUCAUCUGUAAAGGUUAUGUGGAAGGUAAGCAAUAAUAGGCUGCUUGGCUUCUAUCCAAGAACCAACAGGUAGAACUUCAGCAACUGUAAUCCAAGAAUUAUCAUGGUUCUCCUUUUUUUUAAAAAAGGCUCGUUCUGCAGGACAAGGCCCUAGGCUUCAGUCCCCACGGCCUGCCCUGACAGCACCACUGACUUCUGCUGUCCUAAACCUCUGGCCUACCUGGUAGCAAGUCAGUAUGUCAAGUCCAAAGUUCAGAGUCCCGGCAUCAAUCCAAGCAAGCAAAGACCAAAAGUCAGGAAACGCAGUCCAGGGUCAGUCCAAGUAAGCCAAGUCCAGCAGUCAGGAUGCAGUCCAGAGUCAAACCUGAAGCACAGACCAGGAGCAUCCAAGCCAAGGUCCACCAACAGGGGAGGUUGAGCAGACACAGCACCUCAGCUCUGCUUCCCUUUCAUACUUUGCAUGCUUAUUGUCACACCACGAGGCAGGUGACCCUCACCUGUUCCAAACCCACUCUAGCAGAGGAAUUACACACCUUCUCCCAGAGCUAACGAGCCCUACCUGGCCAGCUAGGAAGCUGGGCUGUAGGCCCUUGCCUGCCUCAGCCUCUUAGAGCACCCCUCCUUAGAGCUCCCUAGGCCUUAGAGCCUGCCGUGUUCAUGGAGACAGGUCCCCUCUGGUUACGGUGGUGAGUCCUCCUGCUCUGGUUCCUGUGCAUUGACCUCCAUCCCCUUGCCACCCUCAGUCACCCUGUUUGUGCUUCCUUCCCCAACCCUUCCUUGCCUCAGCAUCUCCCAACCCUGGCUACGCACCUUGCUGGGAUCCUUUUCCUCCUCCCCAUCAUCCUGCCAGUUAAUGACAUCUAUAUUUUGCUCUUCUCUCACCACCUCUGGCGAGUACAAUUUUGUAUACCUGGUGCCUAUGCCUGGAAAUGCACUUUUGAAUGGACAAGUAAGGCUGCAGUCCUAUACCCUAAAAGUCAAAGAACCUGUAUGUUGCUGGACUCCCAACUCCCACAAGCCCCAGCUUGUAUGUCUAAUGGCCAGGAAUGAUGGGAGUUGUAGUCUAGCAGCAUCUGGAGGAUCAAAGGUUCCCCAUCCCUGCAAUGUAUACUUCGGAAUGAACCCCAGGACUGAUUGCCUGAGCAGAGUCAGCACAUGUGAGUGGAUUACAAAACAUUUUUUUCAUAUCUCCCCACCUUAACAUUUUUGUUCGGUGAUGACACUUCGAAUUUUAGCCCAUUAAGCAAGGACCAGCGGGUGUUUCCACAUUGGCUUAAGCAAUUUUUCAUACUCUUACAGAGAUCAGUAUCCCGGAAAGGUCCCAAGCUCAAAGUAUAUUCCUGCUGUGUGUGUUUUGUUUUUCUGUACUUUAAAUGACAUUGCCUUAUCCUUCAACCAUCUCAUGCUUUGAAUCAGUUUUGACAUAAUGUCCUCUGCUCAUUAAAACCACAGAAGCCAUUUAAUUGUUGGCUUAGUGGAAAAAUACAUAAGGCUGUCAUCAGCUGUUGCUCUGGCAAGGCUUUCUGCAGCAGUAUAAAUAAAUGAGGUCACAGUUCUUAAACAGGCUGUACUUGCAGGACCUCACAAGUGUGCACUCAAAACAGUGUGUGUGUAUUUAUAUGCCUACAUUUUGAAAUUUACUGCCCCAAUGUUACUUACUUGAUACCAGUUUUGGAAAUAACCGUCUUUUAAAUCCCCAGACUGUCUGAACUAAUGCAAUCUGUACCAUCUCCUGUCAAUCAUCUAAUAUUGCUCAGCAGCUGAACUUCUGUCUUGUGCAGUGAUGUGACUCUAAAAAUAAACCUGGGAGAAAAAGAUGCACUAGGACAGGAUCCGCACACACAAACACACACAAAGUUAAGGUGUCCAUUUAGUUUUGAAACUGAUGCAUGCAGGUAUAUCUACACUGAAGAGUUAAACUGGUUUAAUAGCCAUUCAUUCUCCUCCCCCCACAAAACUCCACAAAGCUAUAGGGUUGUGGUGUUGUUGUUGUUGUUGUUGCUCAGUGGAGAGUGGACAUGCUUUGGGAAUCCUACUAGAGCAUUCUGUGUGCUGUCAGCAGAAUACAGCAGCUAUUUCUAAAUUUGCACCUAUACUUACAGUAUCAAUUGGCACGUGCAAUUUUUGUGCAAAUCUCUGUCUUUUUGACAAUGUGCAAGUGGCCACCCUAUUACUCUAGGUCAGUCUGCCUGUGAGCUUACCAGCUGAAUGGGCAUAUAAACCCAGUUCCUGCCUGUGUUAAGUCCAACACCACCCACUCUACCACUCCGACCAUCCAGACAGAGGCUCUUCUGAGAGUGAACUAAGCAAAGUGUUUGUGAAUGAACUGUCAGGUUCAGCAGCUUCACUGCUGGAGGGAAUAGAUCUGACGUUAUGAGGCUACUAAUAUGAGUUAUAUAAAUUGAUAGCUCUUUUUUGUUUGAGCCACAAGAAGAUCUCUCCGGUCUGAAUUUCUGGAGAGUGGGGAGGAUAAACGCCACCCAAUGUCAGGAUAACGGUUCUAUGUUUUCUGCAGCUUUUUUUUUUAUGAAAGGGUGAUGCUGGGGAAACUUCAGAACUUCCAAAAUGGCCUGCUGCCUCAGGUAGAGAGCAUGAACAAAAUAGCAUAGUUUUCCAAACUUAAAAAUAAUAAUAAUAAAAAUCCUCCUGAACAUAUUUAGAAUGCAGGGGGGGGGUUUAUAUUCCUGGCCGUUGUAUGAAUAAGUAAAAUCACGUAAAGCCAGGAACCCCUGGAUCCUGCCCCCUUGCAAGGUGGAGGGCUGCUUGCCUGGCUUUUGAAAGCUGGCACAAGGGCUGUAACAGGUUUCCAGAGCCCUCCCACUACCUUCCCAAAGCCCAGUAAGCACUAGGAGUCUGCCAGAGCCCUCGUACCUCCUUCCCAAAGGCCAAGCCUCACGCUGCCUUCCCAAAGCUGGAUAAGCCUGCAGCUGCAGUUUUGUGCAGGUAUGUGUGUUGAGGGGCGAGUGUGUGUAAAUAAAUGAUGAGUGGGUUUUCUCUUCUCUCCAUUUAUUUAUUUAUUCCCCUCGCACCCACUCGCUGCCAUCAUGUAAAUAAAAUAAGUAUAAGUUACCUGUACACCAUAAUUCCGCAUAGCACUUUUUUCUUUCUUGCUUUAAAAUGGUACUGUUUUGCGAUAAUCCCAGCCAAGUUCAGAGGCAGGUUGAGGUCUGGCAUUUGUGAGAUUAUUGUUAUCAUUUGUUAAUUUUUUAUACCACUCUUCAUCCAAAGUUCACAGUGUGGUUUACAACCUAAACACAAAGAAUACCCAAUACAGUGGUACCUCGGGUUAAGAACUUAAUUCAUUUUGGAGGUCCGUUCUUAACCUGAAACUGUUCUUAACCUGAGGUACCACUUUAGCUAAUGGGGCCUCCCGCUGCCGCCACGCGAUUUCUGUUCUCAUCCUGAAGCAAAGUUCUUAACCCAAGGUACUAUUUCUGGGUUAGCGGAGUCUGUAACCUGAAGCGUCUGUAACCCAAGGUACCACUGUACAUCUAAGAGCAUUGCCAUAUCUGCUUUACAUAGGACACAGAGAAAGGUUGGAGGCAGCAUGAGAGAAUUAUCGGUUGCACCCCCAAAAAACUGAGCCGUCUUUAUGCCAUCCCCCAACACAACUUGUUACUGAUCAUCGUGAUCAUUUACUAGCUUCAGUGAGGAUCUUUUAUCCUCAGUGGUACAUUCUAAUGAAGACAUAGCUGAACUAGUAUAAACCAGAGUGUGUCGCAGAAAGUCCUUGGGAGAAGAAGGGCUUUCUGGUGGUUGGUUAACUUGCUUUUGGGUGAAUUAAAAUAAAUCAAUGGAGCUAUAAAACAUUACACAGCACAGGCCCCAAGGCCUUCAGGAAUGGGCUAUGCUGAAAAUACAUUUUUUAAAUAUAAAGUUCAUCAACUGUCAUAGGCAAGGACGGCAACACUUUUCAGAAUAUCAAGUGCUUGUUUUUCAGACUCGAAACUUAUAUUUUAAUGGCAUCACUAGAUGUUAGUGAACUUUGCAGCACAUAUUCCAUGAUCAUUGUUGAUGGGCUGUGGGGCAUUGCUAGCAGAAAGGAUCUGAUAACUUCUUUUUAUGAUUCUGUGUAGAUACAUCCAAAAGAUAGCUUCAGAUAACUGGGUGGUCUCUGUGAGCUUGCUUGCAAUAAUCUCCGAGCAGGAUAUAAUUUUGGUUUACUCUCUGGCUAACAACAUGAUGACACAGAUAUGUUUAGAAACAACAACAUACUCUGAACUCAAUUACAACCAGUGGAUUGUGUCUUAAGUCAUACUUGGAGCAGAUCAACUGAAAGAGCUGAUUUUUCAAUGGGACAACUCUGAGUUUGACUUAAUCAGAUGCAACCCAAUAGUUCCCAGGUGCAUGUUUUGGCGGGGACUUCAAUACAUAUUGUUACUGAUACAGUCAGAUUCCAAAAACAUUAAUCUUUUCAUUUAUAAAUAAAUGUAUGCUAAAUGUAAGCCUUUAUGUAUCUGCUUUAGCCAGUUUUCCUAUUUCCCCCCUCCAUGCUUUAAGCAUGGACUGUCUGAACCUGUUUACUGUUGUAAAACCUCACACGUACAGUAUGUAAAAGAAUGGAAGUUUACAACCCCCCUCUCCACGUCUCUUCCCCUAAUUUUAUACAGUCAUACCUCGGAAGUCGAACAGAAUCCGUUCCACAAGUCCAUUCAACUUCCAAAAUGCUUGGAAACCAAGGUGCGGCUUCCGAUUGGCUGCAGGAAGGUCCUGCAGCCAAUUGGAAACCACGGAAACCACACCAGAUGUUCAGGUUUCAAAGAACGUUCGCAGACCAGAACAAUCACUUCUGGGUUUGCAGCGUUCAGGGGCCAAAAUGUCUGAGCUGGGAGGCAUUCAACCUCCGAGGUACGACUGUACUGUAUACAGUAUCAAAGUCUCAUAUUGAAUAGGAAUGGUCUGAAAAAGGAUUAAGGCUUUCUGGGGGAUGAUAUAUAAUGAAAUGAAAAAGGUAUUUAAAUAUACCUUCCUGAAGAAACCAGAGGCCUUUCUCCUGGGCAUAGUCGGCCAAUUGGUGCCAAAGAAGGAUAGAACUUUCUUUAUGUAUACCACAACAGCAGCUUAUUGCAAAGUACUGGAAGACACAAGACCUACCCACUCUGGAAGAAUGGCAGAUGAAGGUGAUGGACUAUAUGGAAUUGGCGGAAAUGACUGGCAGAAUCCGAGACCAGGGAGAAGAGUCAGUGGAAGAAGACUGGAAAAAGUUUAAAGACUAUUUACAGAAAUAUUGCAAAAUUAAUGAAUGUUAGAAUGAUGUUGGAUAGAAAUUAAGUGGUUUUUAGCUGUAAUAUUAUAAGGGAAUAUGAAAAAUGGAUUAUUAAUAGGUAAAAAUUUAAUGUUACAAUAUUUUAAGAUUAAAGACUAGGAUAAACAAAGAGGGGAAGGAUUUGCUGAACUAACAAACUGAAUUGGAAUACAAAAAAGGGAGGCGCAAGGAGGUCCGGGAAACAAGCAAAUGAAAGAUAGUAACGGAAAGAUUGAGUUGUUUUUAACUACUUUUAUUUUGUAUUUUUCUUUUUUCUUUUUUCAUUUUGUAAUAUUUUGAAAAUUUUAAUAAAUAUCUUUUAAAAAAGAAAGAAAGAAGAAGGACUUUAUCAUCUGAAAGAGACAAUGUAUGUAAUUUUGUAACCCAAUAAAAUCUUUAAUAAAAACAAUUUAAAAAAAUAAACUUUAGUCCUUCCCGGGUAGAUUUUAUCUUUUGCUUGUUUGCAAAGCAUUUUGAAAAUCGUUUGCAUCCCCCAGGAUCCUGACUCUGCUACUACAGCAGAUUAAUUUCAAGGGGUGUCCAGAGCACUCUCUAGUCCUGUUGUGUCAGAUGAGUUUCAGUUAGUAAGGCUUGCGCAUGUAGACAAGGUGCUUGGAUCACUCAGGAUGACCCCUUGUGCUCCUUAAUAAUAGAAUAAAAAUGUCUAUUUCUAUUUUAUUGAUUUUCACUUUUAUUUAUGCAAAAAGUGGCUUGCAUAAAAACAAUACAUGCCAGUAAAAUUUCCUUAAAAGCAAGAGGGAAAUAAAAUGCAGCUGUGUAUCUCAAAUUAAACAGAGUGGUGUACCAAACAAAACAAAACGAAAAUAAAAACGGUAAGAGUCCAGGAAAGCAGAAGUGUUUAAAGGUCACGACAGUCUCUUAACUCAUGAAUUACACAAGGGAGGACUCUACAGAGGCUUAGGCCGCAGGAGGCGCACUUCUGCCUUGUAGGAAGUCACAAUGGGGUGGUCGUUGAACAACCAGUAUGGUUUCCCCAGGGGGUUUUAAAGACUGGCCUGCUCUGUAUGGGGAAAGGAGGCCUGCUAGACAGUAGCUGAGGCAUUCUUAUUUACCCAGGUUUUUUAAAAUAAUGUGUAUAGUACUUCUGUGUUUCUGUUUUAUUCACUUCUGCUUAUGUUGUUGCUAUUUACUGUUGUACACUUCCCUGAAAUAGAAAUUUGGAAUCAGCACUGUUGAUUUAAAAUGUUUAUAUGCUGCCCUUCAUCAGUUUCUAUGGUUCAUAAUCGCCUGCCCUCUCCCAUAUUAUGGUUGCUGGUGACUUUCCUGGCCCUAUGCUUUUUGGAAUUAGGAAAGGGUGUUUUUGUAUAGGCUUAGGGUUGACUAUUGGCUACCUCUUAUACUGGUAUCCCUUUUAAGGUGGCUGCAUUCCCUUGCUUGCUUGCCAUUUUAGUAGAGAGAGAGGAGAAAUUUGAUUUCCCUUUGCAUUUCAAGGUGAACCUACCUAAUUUGCACUUCUCAAAACAAUGUGAAACAUAGCUGUCUUUUAUUCAUUUAUUUAUUCAUUUUAUUUGUAUGCUGAUUUUCUACAGAAAAUAAAACAUGCUCAAAGUGGCUCACAACAAAGAAGCAGGGAUGCAUUUCAAACACUACAAAAACCAUUUCAUAAUAACAUAGCAAAACAUAAAUAUGACAACCUACUCCAAAACCAUAUUUCAAUACUGUAAAUAUAACAAGAUUCUUUAAACAACAUGCAACAUCCUAAAGCAAUAAGAACAAGGGAGCUUCAGUUUGACGUUAGUCCUAGAAACAUCCCUCCCAUGUUGUUCCUCGCAGUCCCUCUCCUGCAGCAACCAUCAAACGCCUUUUGGGUUUGCAAGAAAUGUGUGUAUUGUGCACAAAAAUGCAAAUGUUAGGGAAAAUAACACAGAAUUUUCUGCAAGAAAUUUCCCCUAAUAAUACAUUUUUGUAAGUCGGAAAUGCUCUUAUAUUUCUAGGAAGUACUGAAGAGGUUGCUCCCUCUCUUUGGGCAGAGGCUCUGUGUUUUUUAGGAGCUGCAUAGCAAGGAAAAUGAAUCAGGUACAGUAUAGAGAUAAGAAAGUCUGUGCAGAUUGAAAUUUGCCAUCCUGUGGCUGUUAAAGAGAUGGAGCUUCUGUCCCGAUUGGCUGGUGCCCACUGGGACUAGUAGGGCAGAAACCAAGGGUAGUUGGAGUCGGAGCCAAUGACAGGCAGAGCCAACUAAUUCUAUUCUUCUCUCCCACCCUCUUCCCUGAUGAGCUCUUACAAAGUUUGUUUCAGCACUGAAACUAAAGAGGAGGAAGCUGUCAGGCUGUAAGUAAGAAGGCAGGUAGGUUGAGGCGGACUGAGGGUAAACUGAGGCUACUGGGCCUGGGCCCCUUUAGCAUUAAUGGACCAGCCUGCACUGGCUUCCAGUGUGUGUUGAGGGGAGUGACAACCCUACUUCCCCCCAAAAGAACAACAGGGUAUGGUUAAAUAAGCACUGAGAGUUAGUAGAAAAAAUGUUUGCAGCUGUGGUUAAAGCCAGAGUUGUGAUCUAUUGAUGCUACUAACCUUUCUUGUGUAAUAAGGGAAGACAUAGGUAAAAAUAGUUAUCCAGCUACCUUUGCUCUGAAUUGGCAGAAAGGGACCAUAAAGGACUUGGAUGCAGCCCAAAGCAAAAUAAGCUCACUUAUGCCAAACUUUCUGAAAUGCCUUUUUCUGAUUCAUAACGGAGCAAACAAAAAUGCCAAAAGGUUAAUCAGAUCUCUGUCCACCACCUCUUUACCUGUGUUCUUAUUACCUUGUGUUCUCUUAAAAUAACCGGUUGGUGUUUCAUUAUUUCACAUGGUGUAAAAGCAUCUCUAUUAAGGUGAAACGCCUUCCCAUCAGAUGUCAAAGAGAUAAACAACUACCUGACGUUUAGAAGACAUCUGAAGGCAGCCCUGUUCAGGGAAUUUUUUAAUGUGUGACAUUUUAAUAUAUUUUUAAUCUUUGUUGGAAGCCGCCUAGAGUGGCUGGGGAAACCCAGCUAGAUGGGUGGGGUACAAAUAAUAAAUUCUUGUUGUUGUUAUUAUAAAAUAUAAGUGUCUUAUGUUUGGGCGGAUCUUAGCUGGAAUGUCUAAAGGUUUUUAUUCUGGCACAUAGGCUUAUAGACAAGAUAAGAAUAUAAAGAGUUGUUACUAAAAAGUCUCUGAGCUGCCAUAGUUUGAACCUUUGCCUUUUACCAAAAGCAAUUAUUAUUAUUUUUCAACCUUCUUUCCAAGAGUUACAUCACUUUUUAGACAAGGUGUCUCUGGUUCUUGCAAUUUUCUCUUAUCUUUGUCAGUUUGCAUAAAGCUACAUUUCUCUUGCAUUAGUGCCUUAUUUCACAUGCCGUUAGUGAAAGCUUAACCUAUAAUCACCCAUGUGUACACAAGGGAUAUAGCUGUAUUUUUCCUCCUCCCUGUUAGGCAAAUUCUGCUCCAACCACCUGUUAGCAUUACAUCACUGGCUCCCAAGAACACAGUUGUACCAAAAGGCCUGAAACAAAGUAGCUCUUCUUGCAUUGUUUGCACUCAAAGAGCUGAUGUCAUGCCCAGCUGAUGUCAUUGUAUGUCUUUGUGUAAUUGCCAUGGAAACCAGGCAGGUGGGGAGGCUGAGCUGAUGUCAUCUCAGAACGAGGUGUAGAAAGUUCUUAAGCUUCUGUUUUUCUCUUCAGAUUUUGUGGAACAGCGUUAGACAACAGAUUGGAAAAUCCCAAAGUACGUUAGGACAAUAUUCUUUUAAAAAGUGUAUCAGUCUGGGGUGCAUUUGUUGAAACCCCCUCACCCUUCAAGUGUCCUCUCUUUGAGAAAUCAUCUUUUAUGAAGCAGAAUAAUCAAUUAUGGAACUACAUAAGGAGUAUUACCAUUUCACAGGCAAAACAAAAAUGUUAUUGUGGAAUCUAAAUGGAUCAUCUCCCUGAUUUGAGAGAGGUGGGGCGGUAUUUAUUUAGCCCUUUCCUGCAUUUGAAAAAAGUGCUAUCUGGGAAGUGAAAAAAUUAUAAAAUACUUGUGUAAUACAACCGUGUGUGUGUGUAUGUGUGUGUGUUUGAAAAGUGUGUUUGAAAAGUGUGUUUGAAAAGUUUGAAAAACUAUGUUUUUGAAAAAUAGUUUAGCAGUCACUGGAGUGCAUUCAGAAUAGGCAUGCUUAAAAUAUAUUGGGUGAUAUCCACUGUUAGUAAGACUCAGAGUAGACCCAUUGAAAUCAUUGGAUGUAGGCGAGGCUGCAUAUGCACUAUACAUUUAAAGCAGGAAAUUUUAAACAAGUAUGGCUUUCACCAAAUAAUCCUGGGAAAUGUAGUUUGUCCAGGGUGCUAAUUGUCGUUAGGAGACAGUACUAGAAAUAUCUAGAAAGAGGGAAUGGUUGUUAAACCCCUCUGGGAAUAGAGGACUCCUAACAACUCUCAGCAUCCUUACCAAACUACAAUUCCCAGGUAAGUAUUGGGAGUAUUCCACUUUUUCUGUGUGCCAAUUAGCUACCAGUGUAUAACACCCUACAGUUGGGGGACCAGGAUACCAGAAAGUUCAUCUCACCCCUUAUAUACUCAAUCAAUCAGUGCACUCGGAAGUUGAGAGCCUCCUGCAGAUGCCUUUAGGAGAUCCUAGAGUUGAUUGAAAGCAAACCUCCAAAUCUAAUGGGUAAAUCAUAGAAGGGACCCUGAGGAUCAUCUAUAGUCCAACCCCCUGCAAUGCAGGAAUAUGCAACUGUCCCAUACGGGGAUCGAACUUGCAACCUUGGUGUCAUCAGUACCAUGUUCUAACCAACGGAGCUAUCCAGGCUCUACACAGUGUAUAACUCAGAACUUUAGUGUUGAGGCGCCUCCCCUACCCUUUGGAAUUUCCGCUCUGUUAAAUAUCACAUAGGUGCCAUCACUGAAGACCAUCUACUGAAGACCAUUGUCUUCCAACAAGCCUUUCAAGUAGAAAUAUUUCCAAGUCUGCAUCUAUAUGACUGGGAGUGGCUGCCAAGACCAUAUAACACUGGUUCUGAAAGUCCUACAUUGGCUCCCAGUACGUUUCCAAGCACAAUUCAAAGUGUUGGUGCUGGCCCUUUAAAUCCGUAAAUGGCUUUGGCCCUGUACAGUGGUACCUCGGGUUAAGUACUUAAUUCGUUCCGGAGGUCCAUUCUUAAACUGAAACUGUUCUUAACCUGAAGCACCACUUUAGCUAAUGGGGCCUCCUGCUGCUGCUGCUGCUGCUGCUGCUGCACCGCCGGAGCAUGAUUUCUGUUCUCAUCCUGAAGCAAAGUUCUUAACCCGAGGUUCUAUUUCUGGGUUAGCGGAGUCUGUAACCUGAAGCGUAUGUAACCUGAAGCAUAUGUAACCCGAGGUACCACUGUAUACCCGAAGGAGUGUCUCCACUCCCACUGUUCAGUCGGGACACUGAGAUCCAGCUCCAAGGCCUUCUGGCAGUUCCCUCACUGUGAGAAGUGAGGUUACAGGGAACCAGGCAGAGGGCCUUCUCAGUAGUGGUGCCCGCCCUGUGGAAUGCCCUCCCAUUAGAUGUCAAGGAAAUAAACAACUAUCUGACUUUUAGAAGACAUCUGAAGGCAGUCCUGUUUAGGGAAGAUUUUAAUGUUUGAUGUUUUAUUGUGUUUUUAAUACUCUGUUGGGAGCAGCCCAGAGUGGCUGGUUAAAACCAGCCAGAUGGGCAGGGUAUAAAUAAUAAUAAUAAUAAUAAUAAUAAUAAUAAUAAUAAUGGAAUUGUAACAUUUUAUCAUUUGUGUGCUUGUCUGCCUGGGCUCCUCAGGGUAGACGAGUGGGAUAUAAAGAUUAAUAAUGAUGAUACUAACUAAAUAAUAUCUCAGGUUCCUGACCUUCUCCUUUUUAAAAUCUCUCUGUGCUGCAGGUGGACUCAGCAGUUUUAAACAGAACCACGAAAACCUCUGUGACAACUCCCUCCAACUCCAAGAGUGCCCCGAAGGCGGAGGAGGGGGCGGUGCUGCUGCCGCGGUGACCUGCACGCUACCUCAGUCCAUCCCGACCACCCCAGACAUUGAGAACGCCGAGCUCACGCCCAUCUUGCCCUUCUUGUUUCUUGGCAAUGAGCACGACGCUCAGGACUUGGAGAAGAUGCAGCGGCUGAACAUCGGCUACGUCAUCAACGUCACCACUCACCUCCCUCUCUACCAUUACGAGAAAGGCUUGCUCAACUACAAGCGGCUCCCGGCCACAGACAGCAACAAGCAGAAUCUCAGGCAGUACUUCGAAGAGGCUUUCGAAUUCAUUGGUAACUAUCCUAGCAAAACGGCCGCAAUGGCUGCUUUGGCGGCGCAAAUGCAUUUAGUUCCGGGCUGACAGGCGUGGAACUGAUUAUCUUUGCCCAAGGGGGUGGGAAGCAGCUUUAUCAUGUUGUGUUGUUGUCUGAGCAUUUCAGCGCUUGCAGAACUUUCCAUCGGCCUAUGGUAGGGCUGCCAAAGAAAUCUGGUCGCUUCCCGUGUUUUAUUAUUGUUUUCCGGGCAUCUUUGUACAUUAUGCAGCAUAAUGACAGCUGGGGUAGCUCAGUUGGUAGAGAAUGAGACUUGCAAUCUCAGGGUUGUGGGUUCAAGCCCUACAAUGGGCAAGAGAUUCCCCCAUUGCAGAGGGUUGGAAUAGAUGACCCUUGGCAGUCCCUUCCAACUCUGAUUCUGUAAUGUGCAUGUGUGUUUAAACUUGCAAGAUUUCAGGAGCACAUCUGUGUUUUCUGGAGGGGGCGUGCUAAAUGGGCAGCUGCUGACAGCGCCCAUUCUCGUAUGAGCCAGAUGUUUGCAAAACACCUGUUUCUCACAUUCACACUUUGGCUGCCUUCAGACAUGGGGAAUAUUGUGUUUGUUUUCCUGAUUUUAAUGCUAGCACUUCUGCACCUUGCACACUGCAGUACCUGUUAUGGAGCAGUGUUUUGAUGGAUAUACCAGCAUGUCACACUAAACACUAAACAUCAUUCCCAACAGUGGCCAUGGUGUGACACAAGAACAAAUGUCAUUGGACAAUGUUGCUCCUCCCAUGCCCUUUCUACACAUAUGUGCUUCUCUUCAGGAAAGAACAGUAUGCCAGUAUAACAUCCCAAAUUUCAUCACUUCACUUCCAUCAUUUUCUUGGUUAAGGUGGCUGCAAAUGGAUCUUUUUCCUGGAAUUAAAUUGCAUGGAAACGAGUGCCCCCAGCAACCUCCUGCAGCCUCAAUUAUACAUUGAGGCUUUGGGGGUAGGAAAUGUGGCUGCAAGAGGGAGGAUAGAAUGAGAAACAUAGGCUGACAUAAAAGCCAAGCCAUUGGGUACUGGUGGCAGGAAGAUCAUGUCCACAGUCACACCUGCAGUGCAUUAAUCUGUUGGCAACUCAGUGGUGCAUUGCAUUGAGUGUGUGGAUGUUAGUGGGGAGGAAGCCAGAAACAUGUGGACAUUAUGAGUGGGGCCAAUGGGUGUGAUCCUGCUUCCACCUCCACAUAUGACAUACAGUGGUACCUCGAGUUAAGAACUUAAUUCGUUCCGGAAGUCCGUUCUUAACCUGAAACUGUUUUUAACCUGAGGUACCACUUUAGCUGGGGGGACACAGGUGGAGCUGUGGGUUAAAUCACAGAGCCUAGGACUUGCCGAUCAUAAGGUCGGCAGUACGAAUCCCCACAAUGGGGUGAGCUCCCGUUGCUGGGUCCCUGCUCCUGCCAACCUAGCAGUUCAAAAGCACAUCAAAAGUGCUAGUAGAUAAAUAGGUACCGCCCCAGCUGGAAGGUAAACGGUGUUUCCGUGCGCUGCUCUGGUUCGCCAGAAGCGGUUUAGUCAUGCUGGCCACAUGACCCGGAAGCUGUACGCCGGCUCUCUUGGCCAAUAAAGCUAGAUGAGCGCCGCAACCCCAGAGUCGGUCACGACUGGACCUAAUGGUCAGGGGUACCUUUACCUUUACCUUUACCACUUUAGCUAAUGGGGCCUCCCGCUGCCGCUGCGCCGCUGGAGCACAAUUUCUGUUCUCAUCCUGAAGCAAAGUUCUUAACCCGAGGUACUAUUUCUAGGUUAGUGGAGUCUGUAACCUGAAGCGUCUGUAACCUGAGGUACCACUGUACAGUAUAGACAGCGAGGAGUUUCUAUGAACACCCCAGUGCACAGUAGGUGACAUCAGUGGGGUAUUUUGGGCAUACGCUGAAAAUAAUAAUAAUAAUAAUAAUAAUAAUAAUAUAUUAUUUGUACCUCGCAAAUCUGGCUGGGCUUCCCCAGCCACUCUGGGCGGCUUCCAACAAAGAUUAAAAAUACAUUAAAAUGUCACACAUUAAAAACUUCUCUGAACAGGGCUGCCUUCAGAUGUCUUCUAAAUGUCAGGUAGUUGUUUAUCUCUUUGACAUCUGAUGGGAGGGCAUUCCCGUUUGGCUUUACCUUUCAGAGUAAGAAUAUUGGCUAAAGGGGUGGUAGAAAUAGGGGAUUUUGCUGCCAGAAGAUGUGGCGAUGGCCACCAAUGUGAAUAUUUCUAAAAAGAAGGAAUAUACCAAUUCGUGGAAGAUAAGGCUAUCAAUGACUGCUAGUCAUGGCAGCUCUACAUAGGAGAUGGAUUGAACAGCCUAACUCUUUCUCAUUUCAAUCUUGAUGGUGCUCAGACACAGGCUCAUUUUGUUCUGGGAUGGAGAUGAUAGAUAGAUGAUAGCUAGAUCGAUAGGUGAUAAAUAUAAUCCACAUUUAAAUUUUGUGCAUUUUGUAUGCAGAAUGCACACUUUUUAAUGCUUCUCCGAUCUGUAACAUAUGCAAUUUGCUUGUAUCUCUCACACAAAAGUUAUAUUUUUGUGCACAUAAUCUGCACACAAGCUACACUGCAACAUCUAGAAAAGUACAUAAUUGACAGGGGAUUUACAUUCUGAUCUGCCUGCACUUUUGGGAGCACUGGAUCACAUCAGUCUGCUGUGAAAAGCAGACUGAACAACUUAUUUUCCCAUCCCUAACUGUAUACUACCUUUGGUUUCAGAGGCAUUAGGCCUCUGAAAACCUUUUGUGAUGAUCAGCAGUGAGAGAAGCCAGUUGCCGCCAUGCAUGUCGUGCCUGGGGGCUUCCCAGAGGCAUCUGAUUAGUCACUGUACGAAGGAGGAUCAGCCUUUGGGCUGAUCUGCUGUGGCUCUUAGUCAGUUUCCCUAUCCUUCCUAUCAGGGAAAAAUAAUUUGGUGGCUUUCUUCCUAGAAAGGUACCACCUGAUAUUACUAAUCCUAAAUUCUACUACAGUAAGAGAUACGACUACAGGAUUUCUCCCAUUUGAAAAUUUAACUGCUUUUAACCACCACCAAAGGAGAUUGCAAGCCUUUCUCUCUUGAAGUCACUGAUCUCACCAAAUGACAAAAAUGUUUACUCAGUGCCAGAGUUCUGAAAUCCACAGUUGAGCAAUACCUUUUAUUUGGACCAACCAAAACAUCACAAAAAUAGUGAGCAAGCUUUUAAAGUUCUUUUGUUGUGUUUUUCCUCUCCCACCCCCACCCUGUAUAGACUUUGCAUAGACAUACAAUACAAUGAUGAAGAGUUCUGGAGAACUCAAAAGCUUGUUCAAUGUUUUGAGGCCCAGUAUUUUUUCCUGUUUAACAUACCGUUAAUGCCUUCUUGUGUUUAUGGCAGAUGUUCAUAAUAAAGGAAAGCAGAGGCAGUGUUGUCUUUUUGGAAAUCUUGGUCCCUUUUUGCAUCUUUCCUUUACCACUGUGUCAUAAAUAUGGGAGGACAAUGAAAUAGAGGGCAAAAAAUGUCUACCCUUGACUGGUCCUUUUUUAACCAAUACUUUUACAGACUGUCUCUUAAAUACCACUUAAGGCUAUACAAUGGGCAAUUCUAUCUAUCUAUCAUCUAUCAUCUAUCAUCUAUCUAUCUAUCUAUCUAAAUUAAAUUCUUACACCCCAUCCUUUUCACUUUGGUAACUAUAUCCUAGAGCUAUGCCUGCAUGUUUGAUGAACAUAUAUUUCUUUGUCUUGACUUUUUAGUAGGAUAAAUAUUCUGUUAAGUAACUAGUCAGAGCUUAGCUUUGCCCUAGGGACAGUUUAAAUUGGAUCUGCAAAGAUCUGGGUGUCUUAAAUAGAUUUUCUCCCUGCUCCCAAAGCAGGGUUUUAUGAAGGCUGAAAUAAAGGCAGAAGGCCUGUGGAAAAUCAAUGUGUGUCCUUCCCAAGAAUCAACCUGAAGCAGAGUCUGGUUCCGUAAGACAAGCCGUGCUGGAUCAGGCCACCAAUCCACCUGGCUUAGGUCACUUUGAAGGUCACUUUCACAUCACCUUUUCUGCAGCUAAAGAUAUAUGCAAAUGUGGAGAAGCACACGCUCAACACAUUAGGAACUGGAGGUUUGCUGCAGGGGAAAUGUGGCUUCCCAGCAUUCCCAGGUUGCUGUCCCUUAAUGUGUGAAUUGGCCCUUGCAAAACUCAUGAAUGACAAAAACUUAACAAUUUCAAAACAAAAAUUCUGGAUUCUAUGUGGUUUCCAUAAUUCAGCUGGCUUUUGGUGAGCCUUGGAUAAAAGGCACACAUGACUUGCUGGAGUGUAAAAAAAAGAUGAAUAUUUCCCCCCUACCAGAUCAGAAGGGCUAUUGGGAGAAAAGGUUGUGUGGGGUGGGUCACCUGUGGCAUGUAGAACAAACCACAUCUGCCACCCAGAAUUUAUCUAAUAAUGAUUUUCCCUUCCCUUAAGGCAGCACUUCAUUUUUCCUUCUUGCUGUUCCCUGUGUUUCAAGAGAAGAUCAAUGUGAAUGUGUACCCAGGAUGCCAACUUGAAUAAAAUAUUGGGGGGGGGGGAGCAGGCAAGUCCCGCCUCACACAACUGAUAACAAGACCUGGCACAUGCACACUAUUUGAAUUACAAUGCCCACCAAGUGGGAGGGGGGCCCACAUAUUUUAUUUGACCCCUAGGAGUUGGCUCCUAUGGUGCACAUACACAAAUACCCCCAGAACAGGUGCAUUCCACACCACGGCAUUAUGUUUUAAUAUAAAAUCAGCACUUUUUGUUUUAUUAUAUAAUUGCAGUUUCCCAGAUCUAAAGCUCCCCCCCUCCCCCCUGGCAUUCCACAAUGGUUGUGUUAUGUUGUUGAACGAAGAAUGUGCACUAACAGAGGCCAUUGUGACCAUGGUCCAGACACCACCCCAAAAAUGUGCAUGAACAAAGUGGUAUAAAAAAAGUGGGACUUGCAUAUUGCAAAUGAUGGCAAUGGUAUGUCUAACAUAUUCUCCAGUUUGUCCUGUCUGUGGGUUCACUUGGUAUGGUGUGAAAGCCUUACAUCAUUUGGAGGCGCUGCACCUAGUUUUCAAAACCCGCUGUUUAUUCUGUUCAUUUGAGCACAUUCUCCCUGAUGUCAGGAGCUGGUUUUGUGGCAUAUUCUACAUGUCCAACAUUGUUAGAAGUACAAAAUGAAUAAUAUAAUGUGUGAGUUCAUAGAAACGUGCAUUUCUCUAGGGAGAAAUAUUUUAAAAAUGCAUUAGCCUGGAAUUGGUAAUAGCAAGAAUAAUCUACAGAUCUAGGGAGGGAGAGGGGCACAAUGAUUUUUGGCCACUUCCGAGUUGCAAAUGAGAGAAAUUAGAUUCAUAGGUGAGGUUCUAGCCCAGCAACCUCUGCAGGGGCUGUAGGCUUCCCAACUCUAAGCAAGUGAAUCUCUGGCUGCUGCUUAUUUUGAGGAAUGCAUUAGGAGCUCAGGUCUCUUGACCUCUAGCUUUCACUCACUGAAGUGAAUGUUUACAUUUUAUUUCUGUGCUUUUUUUCCAGAGGAAGCUCACCAGUGUGGAAAAGGCCUCCUCAUCCACUGCCAGGCUGGUGUGUCCCGCUCUGCCACCAUUGUCAUCGCUUACCUUAUGAAGCACACACGAAUGACCAUGACUGAUGCCUAUAAGUUUGUCAAAGGCAAGCGACCAAUCAUUUCUCCUAAUCUUAAUUUUAUGGGGCAGUUAUUGGAGUUUGAGGAAGAUCUGAACAACGGAGUCACGCCGCGAAUUCUCACGCCAAAGCUGAUUGGGGUAGAGACUGUCGUGUGAUGGCAAAGAAGCACGUGACUAAAAAAAGAUGUUCGUAUUCUUCACUUGACAUGGACUUGGAAGGCUUGGAUUUCCCCCAUUUUUUUUCUUUUUAGCUUUAUUGAGAAGGGUUUAUUAUAAGACAAAACUUUGGACAGGAACCUUUUUGAAGAAAAGGUUUUAAAAAUACAAGGACUUCACAAGCGUUGGGCAAGAUACCUUUGGAAGUCCCUUCUUGAAAAGUGGAUGAUGUGGGGAUGCUUUGAAGAAACCAGUUUUAAAAGUCUCCAUGCGUGUAAGAGAGAAACUGGACAAUAUAUUUUUUUUUCUUCCCUUUUUGGUUAUUCAGCUACUUGUAGAGAUUAUGACUAAGUAGUCUGUGCAGGUUCAUAGACCGAAGACAGCUAUGUUUUCUCCCCAAAAUAAAAUACAACCAGCCAAAAUAAAAAAGCGAAAAGACAACUAAAACCCACGGGCGGCCUUGAGUUUGCAAAGGCUUUGCUAAAGAAACCCUAAGCAAAAUGCUUGCUGGUGCAAAGAAGAUCAGAGCAGCUUAAAACUAUCUGCAAAUCCCUUCUCGCCCUCUUGACUAGAGAAAAUCUUUUUAUUUGCUGUGUUUCAUCUUCUGGUACUAUUUUUCUAUUUGGGGGUUGGGGGUAGGCUAACACCAAGGGACUUGACCAUUUUACGCCAUAUGCCUUUACUGGCUUCUUGUGCAAUAAUAGUUUUGAGUAAUGGAAAGAGUUCUUUAUUUUGAGUGUUCAAACCAGUUACAGCUGGCUGCCCAUUAAUAAUAUUAAUAAUAUUUUUCAAUAGCAUAAAGGUGGCUGGCUUGAUUUAGAAGAAGGUAUACAACAACAAAAAAAGCAAUUAUUUUUUCCCCUUUUUCCGAUUCUGGUUAUAGUGCCAUACACCUUGUUAAAUAUGUAUAUCAGAAUGUACAAAGAUCAAGAGCAAGCAAAGUUUAUUUAAAAUAUUUUUUCGCACAAAAUACUGGUGUGUUUUUCUGUUCAUGUAAAAAGUUUGAUUAUAAAAAUGAAAACUGUUUUAGAAAUUGUGCGUGUGUCUCCCUUUCCUUAUUUCUUUCGUGAACGCUCCUGUGUAGGUAGCUUUCCACUUGCAAGAUGCAGCAGGGCAUGGUGUGGUGGUGGGAGGGCAGAUUGUGGCACAGGGGGGGUAGUACUUGCCAUGCAGAUGUUCCAUGUGGCUCCUAUCUCAUCUAACUAUGGCCUUGGUCCAGUGAAACCAUGGUUUGUUGGACAAAGAAUGCAUAUGAUGCCCAUACACUUCCUUCUCCCUUUCUCUCAGGGAUAGGGAACCUGUGGUCCUCCCAAUGUUGUUCAGAGUCCAACUCUCGCCAGCUUGGCCAAUGGUCAAGAGAGAUCGGCAGUGGAGCUGGCAACAUCUGGAGAACCACAAAGUUCCCCAACCCUACCUUCUGGGGUUUCUUAAAGGACAGUUUCUCAGACUUAAUAAGAAAUGGCAGGUUUUUUUUUUUAAAAAAAAGUCCUAGAUGCACAACAGAAAGGGAAGAGGAUGCAUGUUAAUAUAACUCGUUUUCAGUCUGUUAAACCAUGGUUUAUUCAGACCAAGUUCCUCUUGUCUGAAAGGGCCUGGGCAACAAGUUGAUCUGCAUGUAGAAUUGGCAUACCCCAACCUGGCCCAGACUGCAUAUGUGUGUCCAGAUGCUCAUACGAGAUGGCAGCUACAGGGCACACUGGUGAAUGCUGCUUUCGUGGCUCCCAUGCAGUCUUAAACAGGCCUUGAGUACUCUGUAGUACAGACGUCCAAUCCCAUUUUAUUCCAUAUUGGGUCAAUUUUAUAUUGCUCCCAUUCUCCUUUUUCACUCCAGGUUUAUUCUGCAAGCUUGCCAACUCCAGCAUUUUCCAGAGAGCUGCUAUUUUUGUGAUGAGUAUAUGCGGAGCUAGGUAGGGAAAAUAUUGAUUAUUGUAGGCUACAUCCACCUACAGGGUGUAGGGUUUUUAGCUAGUGGUUUUUCACAUAUCGCUAACACUUGCCAAGCACAUGCACUGAUCCCUAGUUGUCCGCAUACCUGAAGGGAGAAUUUCAGCGCAUAUGCUUGAAUGUUGAAGGUAUACUUUCUGGAUGAGACAUAGACAUAACUGGUGGUUGAAGACUUCCUUCCUUCCUUCUUCUCUUCUCCAGUUCCCCUCAGCAAUAUAUCACAGCUUCUAUAGCCUACAUAUAGUAGGGGUAUUUAAAAUGAGAGUCGUCAUAGCGUCCUCUUUUUUUGCUCUUCAAAAUAUGGCAACCCUAGGAGGUAUCCAUACCUCCAUUUUAAGUAUAAGAGAUGAAUCAGUAACAUGAGGGAUUUCCUCAGUAACGUGGGAUUUCCUUUCGGUCAGCAGCCUGCUAACCAAUUACCGUUUUGCAUCACUUGGAGCAUUUUCCACAUUAAAAAAACAAACAUGAUUCAAUUGCAUUUGCUAGAAUUUCAAUUGGGGAAACAGCAGGAUAGAAGCAGAAUGGAUGCUCAGUAACAAUCCAUUCUGUGGAAAACACUGCAGAGCCUUGCUUUCCCCAUUCCUCCACUAGUUCGCUGACUAAUUUUAACACCCACAUAGAAAAGGCCUUUUGGUGUCCAGCUCCUUGUGCUUUUGAGUAGUUUUUUGUGUGUUUGAGCUAUAGCUGACUUCAUUUGCCCACCCAGCCUUAUUUUAUUUUUUUUGGCCAUGGUCACAUCAGUGUGAGAUGCGGCUAUCACUGAUCUCUCAUUUAGAUAUGCUAGUCUUUCCUCCCUUUGCCAGUCCAAAGCUUGGAGAUAAUCCAUGGUAAAGUUCUGCUGCUCGUGCCAUUAAAAUGAGUGCUUUUAUGCAGUUUCCGUUCAUUUCAAUGGAGCAUGCUGAAGAACUUCCCAGUGAGUUGUGCCUCCUAUUAGUAUGAAUUUGGAAUGAUUAGAGAGAUGUUCCAGUUAGAUGACCUUUGUGGGAUUUUUGUACUGCAGUGAAGGCUCCCCACCCCACUGCUUCAGAUCAAAUUCUGUACAGGCAGAAUAAAGUGAAGUGAGGUGUGUCAAAAGAACACUGUGUAUAUUGACCCCAGAUGUGUAAAUUGCUGUGCACUUUUACUCAACAAUGUUGUUACUAUACAUAUAUUUUCUUGAAAUUUUAUGCCUUUAUUAAACUAUUUUUAUACAAGG